CUGCUAGCUAGCUAGCUAGCCAGUUGGAAUCAAGUGUAGCUGCUCCCAAAGUAACACAAAACGACACAGCUUUUGCACAUUAUCCAUGUUUGCUGGCAGAUAAAGUAAUAAGUUAAUCCAUAGAUGCGUUUGGUGAUUAUUUUAAUUCCAAACAUGAUUCAAAGUGGUUGUGUUUUGUCCAUAACUGUUAAAAUUAACUUUUAUGUAUUCUGGUGAAAGUUUGUCCUAUUUGUCUGUGUUAAUUUUAUUUACUAGCGUUUAUGCAUCAAAAUCAUGAAUAUCAGUCAUAACCAGAUCAUCACCCUCACUCCUGUACCUGUUGCUUAUUGUUCAGUAUUGUGUCAAAACUAUUGAAAUAGGGCUCUCUUUCGAUUUUUAUGCCGUGUACACACAAGAAACGGUAUUUAGCUUGUGUGAUAUACUCUGUACAAGUUUUGUACACAUUUUUUGCAAGUACUUGAAAUUUGAAGCUAGAAAUUGAUCAUGCAAUGAAAUUUGCUUCACCAUUUCCAAUGAUUAUAUUUCCCCCCCCUGCAGAUCAAACUAUUACCAUUUAUUCAGCAGGAUUAUAAAGCGUGCAGACCAUCAAAGAAAUUUAAUGAACUAAAUCUGUCAAGGAUUUAUAAAACUUUCUUGGAGUUGUUUUUUAAGAUAAGCCCCAGCAUUGCAAAUUCCUAGUAUCAGCUCUCAUUGUGUCAGAUUUCCUUUGCAUAGUGUAACCUGCAAAAAGUGUAUGCUUGUAAUCACACCCAGAAAGACAAUGAUCCUAUUUUGAAUCUAACAAAUGCUCCAUAUCUUGCUAGUGAAUCCUUCCAUCAUUUAGGCAGAUGACAGAGUCACAGUGUUCCCACCACACACAUGAAUCACACCCCUUUUAAAACCACCUACCAUUGAUGUGAGGAAAUGGCAUUUAAAAGUAAGCCAAACCCGGUCUGUGCGCAACUUAUCUCCGUUUUCAAGCUGCAACAAAUUAAAAACGCUUCCUUAGAUGACUUCAUCAUGAAACCAGAGCUCUUUUAAUAGUGUCAUUAACCAUGUCGACUCCAGGUUCUCCUCUGUCACGUGGAGUCCUGCUGUGCGGCUGUCUGUUUCAGCCCUAAUCAAACAACACAGGGACAACAGAGACAGUGAAGCACAAGAAUCAGAACUCUGGUUUAUGUUUACUUCUCUGGAUGCAUUAUGAAAUUACUUUUUUGCAGCUUAAAGAUACGACAUUCAUCAUCUGUAGAGGAUCUGUUUGUUUAUUUUCCAUUGAUGUAUUAGAAAAAAAUAGCUUUGAUAAUUAAUAAAAUGUUAAGGGCUGAUGAAAACCAGUAAAAAUCAAAAUGUUAUGUCAUUUCCCUUAAAGAGUUGAUUUUUUUUCUCAGAGCACACUCCAGGAAUUGUGAAAUCAAGCAUUCAACAACCCCAGUUUCCUCUCACUGACAGGAUUUUGCAGAAGGAGGCAGGACUCUGGGAGCCGUGGGACCAGGUGCUGGGGUCGAGUCAGAGUUCAGCAGAGUGAAGAGUGAGAGUUCCUUUUUUGGGAAAAACUUUCACUGGUGGGAGCAGAUUCUUCACUCUGCGCCUUGCAAAUAUUUUCUCUGCUGUCUGCCCUCUUCAGUAAUCCCCACUCCCCUGACAUCCGCACGCCACCCCUGCCAUUCCAAUCAGUCAGCCCGACAUGUGCUCUGCUGAACCCCAGCCACCACCAGAGAGCGGUGGGGGUCAUCAUCUGCUUGUCUGUUAUUUGCCCUCCACACAUGUCAUGGCAGCAGUUCUGGGGUUUAAGGAGUACAGCGACAGGGCUUCAUUCAGCUGAAACCUGUGCAACAGCUGCUCUUCUCUGAUGGGUUAGAGGAGGAUCAGAGCUGAGGUGGACACUCUCACUCCUGAUCACACAGCGUGCAGACAAGCCUCAGAAGUUCCCAAGAUCUCUCAGAGGAUUUUUCGACUAGCAAGAGACUUUUUUGUCUGUCUUGUAAUUUUUGGACAGGGCAGAAGACCUCAGGGCUGGUUCAGUUCCUCUUCAAGUCAGGGUGGAGGUGAAGUGUGGGUGUGUGUGUGACUCUGUUUCAGCUGAGGAUAUUACCUCAUUGAGGAUAAGCUGUGAUUCAAAGGUCUGACAGAGGUCUCUCCCUCUGACUCCAUUACUCCUGUCUUCUUAUCUGUGCAGGUUUUCUGUUCGGCUGCAGAGGGGAAGUUUUGACAGCCAGGCUUAACAGCAGGAGAGAGAGGGAGAGAGCAAGAGAGAGAGAAAGUUGAGAGGUGGUGACUUCAUCCCCUCUCUUAACCAACCCUCUUCUUUCCCCCUCCUUUUCUGAGCUUUCUCUUUUUUUCAACUUUUUUUUUUUUUUUCGCUCUGCACAGUCAGGCAGCAUGCCAGCAGUCUUCCUCUUGCUGCGCUCCCUACUUAUCAGGCUCCUCAGUAGCAGACUGGCAGGCUCAGUGGCACAGUUCCUCAGGAGAAUCCUCUCUACGGGUGCUGCCCACCUUGGCACAGUCCUGCGCAACAUCUGGGAUCGCAUUCGAUCCCAGGAGUCCAAGGAAGCCAUCCUGGGCUGCGUAAUGUGCAUUCUCAACAUGCACAAGAAGGUGGAGAACUGAGCUCUGCCUCCACUCUCUGCUCGACCCUCCACUCGCCUGCUAAACACAGACUGGACAAACAGAGCUGGUGAGUGAGGAGAGGACACGCUGAGGGAUGUGAGACUUUUUAUUUAGCCCAUUUGGACUCUUCAUUUGUGUUGUAUCUGAACUGGACUCUGGAAAUGUCUGAGAGCAUCGCGAGGAAGGUCCAGCCCUUCACCAUCGGGACACGGCUGUCAGUCCCAGCUGUGCCAAAAUGCCAGGACUUUACACAGAGUUACCUACAGAGCCAGAGUCUGGAUAACUGCAACCUUCAGCACAACCUGAACUCGCUCUACCUCAGCAGAUCUCAGGUCUGUGCACAUGGCCCGUGUCUGGUCUCACCCAUUGUAAAGCAGGUCUCCCCUGUGAAACAGAACCAGGAGGACAUGGCAGCGGAGGACCACCUGAACCAGAAUGUCUCUCCUCCCUCUACAGUCUCCAGGUCCAUCAAGAAAAUCACAAUCUCUGGGAGUAAGGACAGAUCAGAGGAUGGGGUAUCAGCUGGACCUGCACAGCACCUGAUCAAAGGGUCCAUGUCUGAGAACAACAAUAACAACAACAACGUGAGCAGCUCAUCGGAACCACAUCUGCCCAGAAUCGUGGGUGUGAGCUGUGAGAGCAAGCCUAACUCUCAAUUCAAGGUACAGACAUGCUUUACCCACGUAAACAUAAAAACCUGAUAAAGAAAUAUUAGAUAUCACACAGAAGCCUCACAUAUCAUAAGAGUGAGUCAUACUUUAAAGGCAUAUUUAGGAUUGAAAGUCUUUAUUUCAUUCAAAAAAGAGAGAACUUUGCGAAACUGUAGUUACAUAAAGCAGCUAUCUGUAAUUCAAACAUAUUGAAGCCUGUGUGUACCAAUCAAUCAGAUGAAUUAACCUAAAAAUCUGAAUGAUAAACUGACAAUUACAUCUAAGAGUGGAAUUUUAUAAUAACACUAGCAUCAUAAAUGAAUAACACAAACAUUUUUCUCUUAUUUAGAGUUAUUUUUGACUUUUAAGGUUAUGUAACAGCGUCUUUAUGACGUACUGGUGGAGAGAGUGUUCAAAUUGAGUGUAAAAAAAUUAAUUGUUGUCAAAAAUUGAUUCUUUUUGCUUGCUGCAAUUUUUUUUCAGUAUUUAGUUGUGACUUUUCCCAACUCUUGAAGCUCUCUUUUCUUCUUUUUCUUUGUUAGGUUUUGCUCAAAAAAGACAAGAGUGACGAACUUCAGCCGACGCAGGGACAAACCGGAGUGACGCUGAACAGAGAGAAAUCUGUGCAGCAGGUAGGAUGUUUAAUUAUAGAUGCAUUACAUCCACAGUUUUCCAUUAGAAUAACCUCUUUGGACACUCGCAAAUCAGAGACUUUGUCAAAAAACACACCAAUACUUGAAACAAAAUAGGACCAGCAAAGUUUGUUGGCUUCUUCCAGGGAAUCAGGGAGGAACACUUUUUAACUCGACUUUAAAACUGAUUGUUAUUCAUAAUUUCACCAUCUGUGCAGGGCAUCAAAUCACACUGAAAGAAGUUAGAGAUGAAGAAGGAUAAUGUUCCUUUCAAACGAUUUUAACCAAGGAAAAAAAGCUUCCUUUCUUUUAGUAUAUUUGAGCUUUAUAAGUACUGUAUUUUACCCACCGUUUUUCCUUAUAUUAUGUGUUUGGUUACUGAAUUUCAUUUAUUUCCUGCUCUUUGAAGACUAAAUGAAAAAUGUAAAGAAACAGUUGUUUUGUUGUGAAGCUGCUGGUCGCUCUCACCAGCUGUGGAGUCAUGAAUCUCUGCGUUUAGGGAAUGAAGUCAUAUUCUGCGUUGGCCAAAACUCGAACAGUUUGUUAUAUUAUAUGUUUGGAGCAAAGUUACGCAGAGGUGGAAAACCAGUUAUACGAGCAGCAAGUCUUUGAACGCCUCGCACACAGCUUUCUGUUUUUCCCUCGUGUUUAGCUGAAGAAAGAGUGUACAGAUGUGAGGCAGGCAGGAGUAUGCUGUAUGAUAUUGUUUAAAGUCAGAAGUCAAUGGGCUGUUGGAUUUCUGGCCUCAUCCGGGCUGAAGUCAUGAGUGUGUGUUGUGGAUGAAGUGGUGUGUCAGAGAGGCAGGGCUCACUGGAAAACAUGAGGUCAGGGAAGAUGUUAACACAAGAGAAGGCUCGCUGAGGUCCUCGUGGCGGCUGGUUACACAGGAAUAACACUGACACAGCAAUGGCCUCAUUUCCCCUCUCAGAAAAAUAAACCACCUUCUCAUCUACUUCACCUCUUAUUCUCUUAACACUCCCACUCAUGUUUUAUUCAAGUAAGUGUCUAAAAGUGGUUUUGGCGGUGCCGUUACCUGCUCAGGUAUGAAACACGACCCUUUAAAAUGUGAUGUUUACACCAGAGGCUGACAGUGAAAAACGUCCGACAUCCAAGGAUCUGUCCUCUCCUGCUUCCUUCAUGAGCCCAGAUGUUUCCUGACUGCAGCGCGGCAGGAACGCUCAACCAUUAGUGAAGCCGUGCCAGUCGUGUUCAUUUCACCUCACAAUGUGCUUGUUUUUGUUAAGAGGGACCUUUGGGGCAGUCUGGGAAAGCUCUUAAUGACUCUGCAUGUUUAAAAAAAGGUUUUAUUGACAUGAAUGGACGCUGAAACAUCCUCUCAUUGUAAGGCGAUAAUAGCUGUUUUUAUCAGCAACAAGCGUCAUCUGGCUUUUAGAUUUUAAUUAUGAGGCUAAUGCUGCAAAAUUGUUGUCAUGUUUUGACACUUAAUCGUCUUUGAUUUGUUCUCGCACAGACCUCAGUUCCUGCAGCACAGAAAAAAGAGCCUCAGAGGAGAGAAAGUCAUCUGCACUCACAGAACGAAGCUUCAGCAGCUGUUCCAUCCCAGAGUGACUUCUUCGCUCAGCACAACUCGCUCUUCAACAAGGAAGUGCUGCAGGUAAGCUCUUCAACAUGAAAACCUUCUUUUCUCUGAUCGAAGUUCAGAUAAUGAAGUGAAAACAGAGUUUGAGAAAAGUAGGGGUUACCUGAUCAACUUUUUUGGCCCCAGUCCUGCCCUGAUUUUUUGUAAGAUUCAUAUUUUUCUCUUUUUAUGCCAGUUUUUAAAAGAAACCGACUGUCACAACAACAGCAGGGUUCAUUUUAUUUCAGGAGAAACUUCUAACACAGUGAAAAAAGUUGUGUAUACUUUCUCUGUAUAGUAUUGGUAUUGGCUGAAAGGAGUCUUCAGCUUCUACCUCUGUUGCUUUGGUGAAAAUGUCAUAUUCUGUUGCAUGUUUAAGUUUUUAGAUGUCAUGUCUAAUUGGUAGUUCUACCCCUCGCCAAACAAUUGUUUUGCAUACGUUGGAAGUACCUUUUCGAUUGUUUUCACUUUCUAGUUUGAAAUAUUUCAAAGUUUUUAGCCACAGGGUUGCUUAGGCUAACUUUCGGACACGUUUGGAUUCUGCCACAUACUGCACUCAGAGUGGGAUGAUGGUCAGGAGGUGCCCAGAUUUGCUUUUAAGAAGUAGUACUGCUGUGUUUUUGAAAUGUCUCCACGGUCUCGUCUUGCACGCUAAGCCUCCUCAUAUUUAAAAACUAUUAAAUUCAAAUCAUUCUCACUUUAAAUCAAAGACCAACAGAGUAAAAUUGAUAAAUAUUCACUCUGCUCCAGUGUGUAAAUCUGUUGGAUGAUGACGAAUGCCUCUCUGCUCUGAUUCUGCUGCUUGUCGCCGGCCACGUUGGCUGCUCCACUUCCACUUUUCCUCCCUGCCACUCAGAUGUCGCAUUCAUCUCCACACUCCCGUUUUCUUUCCUCUCUGUUUGUCUCCACUCGUCUUUUUACCCAGGUUACAUCUGCACUGUGUCACAUGACCUGAGGAAUCAGCCUUAAUAGAACUACUGUUAAUCCAUUUAAGGCUGAAAUUAGUCACACGGCUGAAAUAACUUUUUUUUUUUUAAUUAAGGAGCUAGUUUCACAGAUGUGAGUGGUUGGAGGAAAAAAGUACUAAGUUCUGAGGGAGAAAGAUCCAAAGUCUAGAAACCUGUCUUCUUGGUCAUUCAGGAGGUUCAAUGCUCGCUCCAUCUGCUUGAACUCUUGCUCAUACAAAGCUUCAUUUUUUCCACUUUUCUGUGUUUCCUCACAUAAUUGGAAACUGGUCAAAUGUUCGAGAAUGGUGAGCUUUUUCCAACCCGCUCUCCCAGAACAUGCAGGAGAUGUUUUAAAUCAUUGUAAAAUUAAUCCACAUUAAGUGACCUAUCUGGACCUCUCAUCUCCUCUCAUGUAAAUAAUGCCAAACGACAAGAAGCUGGAGCGGGUUUAUCUGAAACGCAACAAGUUUCACUGAUGAGAUGAGAUCAGAGAGGAAGCAGCCUGUCGCAUGACCCGCGGAGGAGAACAAAAUAUGAACUGGUUCUUAUUUUGUCCCGAGAACUGUACGAGCUGUGUUCUGCAGAGGGAAGAGGGAGGGGAAGCCGCCACAAGUGAAGCAAUUAUUUAGGGAUGAGAUCAUUGUUUGGCUCCAUCUCUUCACGCCUAUGGCCCGGAGAGGCUCAGCCAAGCAGCACAACUGGCUGCGUUAUCUCAUCGCUGCGUCCCCCCCAACGUACAAGGACAUUUUUUAGAGGGUUCGGCUGGGGGACAUUUUGUCCCGCACUUGGCUUUUCCACCAAAUGAUAAACUGCUCGCUUCCAGUCAUAGAAUUAAUUUUGAAUGUGUGAGCUGAAGGAAACGUCUGAUGUAUGUGUUGAAAACAGGCCUGUAGCACGUCGUUAAUGUUAACAAGCUUAGCAGCCCCUCUGCUCUUAAGUGGAGCUUGCGUAUCUGUUUCUUUUGGAGGAAGCAGCUUUCAGUUUUUGAGUUUUCACUCUAAAUAGCCCGAGGAUUAAGUACCUGGAGACCCGCUUGUUUUACAGGGAUUCGGUUGACUGCUAUCGCUGAUGAAAAAGUGUUAUUACAGCGUUACAUCGCUGUGAAAAUGGAAGUGAGCUUUCCAGAGAGAGACUUUUAAAGGCCUCUGAUGUUUCAGGCUCGGAGGGCAAAGCAGGUCACCACAUGGAGACACACGGCUGCACGGAGAGCCAUCUGUCUCCGAGGCUGCUCUGCAAAACAUCUCUGCUUUCACCGUCUCAUUUCCAUGAUAGAGAAACUUCCACUCCCACAGUCAUUCAGAGCCAAGCUGCAUUACAAGAGGGGAUAAAAAUUUGGCUUUUUCUGUCAAUGUUGUAUCAAGUGUUAACAUGUCUGUGAGCUUUCUUUGUUUUUCAGCUUCAGUCAGUCAUUUGAAGCUUGAUUUAUUCAAAAAUGAGAGUUUGCUAUGGUUAGCACUCAGCAGACAUGCACUUGGACGUUAUUUUACUCUUAUUUUGACAUAUUUCCCUCAUCAGAGCUGCAUUCAGUACUACCAAUUUGAUAUAACGUCUGAAAGCUAAACAUGUAAGCGAAGAAACUGCUCUGAAGAAAGAAAUGCAAUAGUGGUAUUUUGCUAAAAAUCAUGCUUACUGGUAACUAACUGGUUCGUAGUAGGGGUCAGGAUAGUUAUUUACAUUGGAUACCACCCAUAAUAAACAGUAGGAAUUUCAAAAUAAAAGCACCAAAAACAUGCAUUUUAUGAGGCAGUUUCUUUCCUAAAGGUUAACACAAACUGGGUUACCUACACUAGCCUCUACUGCAGUGUGUAGCUACCAUUACAUUUUCAAACAAAGGUAUAAAGGCAAGGAGUUAUCUCCCCGGUUUUGAAGUUCCUUGGAUUUAGUAAAAAAGUUUAAAAGAGUGUUUCUUGAUAACAGGAAAUAUAAAAUCACACAAAGAAGGAAAAGUUUUGACAAUGCAGAUAGGACAUAACCCUACACAUCAUCAGAAACGAAUGAUGACAUGUAAGUAAGUCGGCUUCAUUUGUUGGUAAAGUUUAUGAAGUAACACAUACCUCCACCCUUUCCUUUCCUUAAUCUGACUUUCAGUGUUUUUGUCUCAAGCUUUCCGUUAAUAUCACAAAAUAAAGCGAUCAUGAUUUUGUUUUGGCCAAGGUAAUUGAGAGAGGAAAAUAUGAUAUUGUUGCAGCCCUCUGGACUUAGGAAAGAAGGAAACAUAUCCUGGUGAGAGCCAAAAGGCCAAAAAGAUCACAGAGGAGGUGUUGAGAUCAUCGCUUUGGACAAAACAGCUCACGUCUAGGGUAGAGGAAGCAGGUAUUUGAAGCUUUUGAGUCCAUAAUGUGCCCUCACCUGUUGUACCUGGCAAGUAAGUAUCAGAUAUUGGUGUUGGCAGAUACUUCACAUAAAAAAAAACACUUAUCAGGAUUCAGGUGUAGAAACAGCUGAUCAGGACAUCCUUGAUUACAGAGAAACCAAGUCGAUCAUUGUUCCCCUGUUGUUUUCUGCUCGUAGAUUAUGAUCAUAAACAUGCAGUUUGCUCUGAAUCUCGCUCUGUUUUGACUGCACGGCUCUGUUUCCCUGUUUCCAUGGAUUUUUUUUUUUUCAUUUUACAAAACAUCAGAAGCAGCGAUACAAUCUGGGCCGCAUUCAUUAGCGGCCUGCGCUUUGUGCCCACUCUAAAGCCCCACUGUACAUGUUGAUAAACAGACAAUUGUUGUGGAGCGUAGACAGGAAGAAACAAGGGAAUCAUAGACUUCCUGCAUGAGAUCAUUAUAAUGUGAUGGAGCCAGAGUGAGAAGAUAGGGGCCGGCCUGUGUAGUCGAGCUCUUUUCCUUCUGUUGGAACCAGAAAUACCUCUCUGCUGCUCCGGGGGGGUUGUAAAGUUAAUGACCUGCCUCUCUCAGAUUAAAAUGUGAUGUCACCUCUCCUCAAAGAGCCGUUCAGAGGCUGUGACAUGUACAGACUUGAUGUUUUAAUGAUUCAUAAUCGGGGUUCCUGUAGAGUCUAUCCUUUAUUGUCUAUCAUACUGAAGUUGAGAUGCUUUGAUGUGAUGUUAUAAUGGCUUAAUGCAUGCGUGACUGUCAUUUGAAGUUCUGCAGAAAGCACAAAAGUCCUGUUUUUUAUCAGAGUAUGACUCAUACAGUCUGGUCUGAGAGUAGAGGGCCUUUAGCUGAUUUAUUAAAUCAUUAGAUUAUUGUGAGGCGGGUCGGUCAGAACCUCUGCGCUGGAUCCUUUGCAGAAAACAAACAUGUACUGCAUUUCCCGAUUCCUUCUGACUCUGACCACCUGGUGCGCAGCUCCUCUCACUUUUAUACAAUUGUAGCCAGAAAAGGCAACUCAGCAACACAAAGCCUUAUGCAACCGAGUCCAGACACACGCCAAGAGAAACUUCUUCUCUGCAAAACAUGACAUCAGAGUACAAAAGGCUGAGGCUCCGAGUUACUCAAAGUCAGAGGAGAAAAAGUCUCUGUUUGCUCUUCUGAUCAGCAGAAAUCAAACCGUGACGAAUGCUACAGUGGAUCGUUCUGUCACGCUGCAAACAUCUCACUCUCUGCUCUCCGGGGUGGAUGAGGUGUAGGUGUGACUUUCAUGUAAGAAAUCUAAGAGGAUUGUUCACAUGUUUCUGCAUGUAAAGUUGAUCCAUGAAAAUGUCUAUCAAUGAACCCUGUGGAUAAAAACAGAAUUUGAUGGUUUUUUUAACCAAUUAAAUCCUUUAUACAACUAAAUACAAAAAAAAAAAAAACAAUUACAAAUAAAAAAGUGUUGAAAAUAAGAAUUUUAGUGUUGCACAUUUUAAAUUUGAUGCCAGCAUCAUAUUGUAGAUAAAAUAAUGAAAAAGUUGUCUAAUGCAAAUAUAAACAGAACAAAAAAAACCCUCAAACGUCUUUCAGCUAAUGACGUUAAAUUUGUAAGAAUGAGGUAACAUUACUGGGUGUGUAUAGGACUUUUGAGAGAGGCUGAGACUCUCAGAUGGAAAGGCUUUGUAAGAGACUGUGUUGAGCUGUGUUGUGCAAAAAUUUGUCCCACAGUAUGAAAUUGAAAGAUAUUUUAAGAUUUCUUCAACUUUAGUCCGUGAUUUCAGAUGACUGAUACUGGACAGCUGUGAUAUUCAGGCCCUCAAACGGAUCCACAUUAAAACAGAUGUAACUCUGUAGUGGAAAUCGCUGCAUAGACUCAAAAUCACCACUGUCUCUGAACACAAUUUGUCACACAUGCAUUACAACCAUUUAUUAGUUAUGAUUUAAUAAAUGUACAGCUUCUCAGUAAAUACCCUCAGGCCAUGUUGAGAGCAUAUUUUCAACAUGUGUGUUUUUUCCUGUUUGUGAUGCAGGCUGAAGCCUGGAUCAAAGGAAAGCUGCAGGACCUGAAGGACGGCUGUAAUAUUCAGCGCUGCCCCCUGCAGGACUGGGAGGAAGCCUCGCAGACGCUCCAGAGAGACCUCAAAGACUUUGAGAACACCUUGAUUCAACUCAACCAGGUGACUGAAACAUUCAGACUUUAACCGUGUCGUCUAAGGGAGUACAAAGCCGCCCACAUCUGGUGUGAAAUGUUUAGACUUCAUCUUCACGGGUAACCGCUAUCUGAAAGUAACCAUUAAUCUCUGUCUUUGGUGUUCAAGAGUCCGUCAGAUCACGUAACACAUAACAGAACGGUCUUUUGUGGGUAUUUCCAGUCAAGCAGGAAGAAAAUCAGACCCUCAGUGUUUCAGACGGCUCUGACAAGCCAGUUGAAACUUUCCCUCUCUGGAGAAAAUGUUUGGAAAAGGUACAUUUCUGAUAAUUAACCUCCUCUGACACCCUGACAGCUCAGGAACCAGGGGAAUUUUUAUAUCCAAGAAAUCAACAGCAGCUUUUUAAAGUCAGUGCAGCGACUCCUUCAGAGGAGUCAGACACGCUUGGCCGCUGCUCUGUGUCAGUCUGCUUUUCUCCAUCUGUGAUACAUCCACGCUGAACAAUGACCCGAAUGUUUCUCUGUGUUUGAAAAGAUGGGCGAGCAGCUGAUCUGUAAGCUCAACCCGUCCUCUGAGCUGGUGAAAAAGCAGCUCAGUCAGCUCAGGGACCAGUGGCAGACCCUGAAACAGACUGCUGCCAAUCAGACGAGGGCGCUGGGCGGAGCCAAAAACCUUCAAGAGUUCAACAGGAAAGUGGACAAGCUGGAGGCGUGGAUUAAAGAGAAGGUGAAAAAACACUCAUCACUCAUUCUGAUUUAAUGUAAGGAGUAAAAAUUGGGUUUCAGUUAGUCACAAUGAUUGUGAUUGAAAAAACGGACUAGCCCUUUAAUAUUGUAUCUCAGCAGGAGAUCCAGGUUUCAGAGACAGUUUAGUCCUCCUGAGCCUUUUUUUAUUUUAACCAUGGCGGUGGAGUUGAUGGUUCAUGUGAGGUCCUCCAGGAUGUGGUUUCUGGUAACUCAAAGCUGAAAAACUUUUCCGCCUCCGCUCCUUCGAUGUUUACAGGAGAGACAUCCUCACACUGUAUCUGCUUAUAAUCUCUCCGAUGUUCUCCUCCUCCUUUUCAAAUAAAGAAAGCCAUCAAACUCUUACUGCUACAAUUAACACCAAAACCAGUUUCCCCAGAGGCAGAUUUGACUUGACGGACUGCUCUAAUCAACAGUUGUCAAGCUAAUUGGCUCAGAAAACUGGACUCUCUAAUGGAGGGAAUUAGCUCUGUAUCCUGAAGACAUCUCUUGUUUGUAUAUUUCUACGGCUGUAAAACAUCUGCCUGUCAUUAUCAAAAAGCAAUCAAGAGCGUUUUAGGCCUGUGUUUAUCUCUCGGUUCAUGUCCAUGUCUGGCACGAGAGAGUUGAUGAUUGAUAAUGGAGCUGUGGGAACAAAAUGGCGGACGUUUGUUGGUUAUGAAGUCUUCAAAACAUCCAUCCCUGCAGGAAACAGUGCUCCGCUCAUGCUUUCCUCUUUGCAUUAGGAGUGUUUCCCUCCUGACGCUGAAGGCUCUUUGUGUUCAGCGUCCACCUUUAGUAGCAGAAAAGGUCGAUUUGAAUCUGGUGCCUCUGAAAAGAAACAAAUGAUGCGCUCUUCUAGACGAUAAACACUGACUUUUAUAUGUGCCGGCAGGAAGAGGAGCAGUCUCUGGUGAAUGUCCUCGGGGAAAACGUUGACAAAAUGCAGCUGACGAGGAGGAUUUUAGAUCUGAAGCAGGUGAGUUUUUUGUGGAGGAACAACUAUUAAUGAUGAACAUUACACAUGCGAAUCACGGGGUGAGUAAAAUACACAUCGCCACAUGUUAAUAGUUACAACUUUGCAGAGUUUUUCCAGGCUUUUAUUUAUGGCUGCGUGUGAUUUAUCUCCGAGGGUGUAUGGUAAAGACAGCUGAAGUCAUACUUGGAUUGUGUUCCCCUGUUUCUCUGCAGGACGAGCAGCUCUACAGGAAUCUCCACGAGGAGAUCAACCACUUGGCCCUGAAACUGGAGAAACAAGGGAAGACAGAUGGCAAAAACAUCUCCAGCAGGAGGAAGCACAUCAAUAAAAUGUACACUUUGUCCUUUAAGUUGACGCUGCAUGAGACAUCGUCUGUCUAAAGGUGUAAUCAAGAGCUGACCUAAUUUGCUCUGUGCAGGUGGCUGAAGGUGCAGUCUCAUCUGAAAAUCUACCAUGAAAACCUUCAGCUGGCUUUGGAGGUGUCCUCCUUCUACCAGCAGGCCGAUAACACGGUGUUUGCCAUAAAUAACAUGGUACGACGAUGACUUUCUUUUCUUUUCCUCCUGGAUCAAAGUUUGACACGUCACUCAAUCUUAACUGGAGCACUUUCUCUCUUUCAGAAGAAAAACAUUCGCGCAUCCAAAGAGCUGGACAGCUUUGGAGACAGAGAGAUCCGUGACAUCGCCAGUCAGAUCAUGGUAGGAAACAUGAGCAGAGCUGCUCAGUGAUGAUCUCAGAGUCUUCUCUCUCUGGCCUGCAGGACUGCGAUCUGAUCAAAUUUAUGACUUUUUUAAAACAACAGCUCAGAGUCUGGACUAGACAAGAAAAAAGGUCUGGGAGCUAAGAAGAGAAAACAUUUAGCUAAUUAGUUAAAACAAUAAAUUUCAGCCUCUGUUGUACAAGUUAGAGACUCUCUGACUCUCAUCAAAAUUUGAUGCUUUUUAAACAACAUAUAAAAUCACAUUACAGCAGGCUUGCAUGGAUUUAAGAGGAUGCAUCAAUGCAAUGAAUGUAGAAUUUGUGUGAUCAAAAAAAGAGAAAAUAGGAAAAGUUAAAUUCAAGCAUAGUGAAAAGUUGAGUUGUUUGCAUCAUUGUAACAAAAUAAAGUCCUGUUCUGUCUUAUUUAAUUCUCGGAAAAUACGGCUGUUAGAUGGUUAAUGUUGAAAAAUACGAUGUAUUCACUAAUUCCAUGUUGAACGUCAUAAUUCGUCAUUUCUCAACAGCUUUGAAGCCCAUAUGUUAAGAAAUUUCUAGUGUUUUAAUUUGAAAGUGAAUAAAUGCAUUAAAAUGUUCAGUAUGAUCUUGAUUUUUGUUGCAUUAUUCAAAUAAUUCCAGCACUGCUACACUCCAGUAGUCUGAACACACAGCUUAGAGAUAGAGUUUUAUAAAUCAGUAAGAGACCUCAUUUGCAGCUAAUCUGAAUCUAAAAAGCUAAUCUGAUUCAUGAGUGAGGAUUUGAAAAUGAUAAGAGGUACCAAAGUGUUAAUUUUUCUGGUUUCUUUGCAAAGAAUUUUAAGAGGAUGAUACAGUAGAAAGAAAGUCUGUUCUCCCAAACUGAGUUUUUUUUUAAAGUAACAUGUCCCUUAAAAAACUCAGACUGUUCUGCAGCUAAACAACGGUGUGCAGAAACAGCAUGUUUGUCUUGUCCCUUAACUGCAGUGUAAUCUAUUUGUAAAGCUGACAGCCCUAACUUGAACAUGAUUUUUUAAUUGUGAUACUGCAUUUUUGCCUCUGAUCAUAUUCUUUUUUUUUUUAAAAACCUCAUACUCUUUUUUUAUAUUGUGUUUUUAAUCGUGUUGGGCUUUUCCAAUUGGUCUUUGUAUGAUUUACACGAAAAUGUUUCCUUGCUGUAUCUAGAUGCUGGAUGUCAGCGUGUCCCAGCUGUCUAAUUUACAUCCUGCGCUGGCUGCCGGUGUCACGCAGAAGCAGAGCGAGGUAAAGGACUGCUGGGCACAUCUUCAGAAGGUCCUCAGGUAAGACAGCAGUCCAAACCCAUAACCUGAAAACAACAUGCACCAUUUCACACACUGAUUGGUCCAACACUGAUUUCCACUGUUGAGGAGACGUAUUCUUCUCUUAUUUCUCCUCUGGUACAUUAAACCGCGAGUACAAAUGAGAAUGAGAUUUUUAAAGAUUUACAUCCUCUUGAUUGGCCUUGUUUAAGUUGGGUUUGACUCAGAGUUAAAUUAGGGGCAAAAUUACAGACAGGCGACCACAUAGACCAUCACUAACCACCCAGUAUUUGUUAUAUAAUAUAUUAUUUUGCUCUGUGUUGGAUUUUUACCAUCUGUUUGAUUACUGUUCAGGGAGAGUAAUGUCUUGGCUUACCUAAUCAAGUUGGCAGUGAGAACUUUUCUUCAUCCUACCAUUAAAAUCCUGCCUUCAGCCUCCUUGUUAAGUCUACUAAAUCUGAGAUAAAGCAUCUUUAUGAGAAUAUUUUCUUAGUUUAUCAUGGCUUUAUAAGUCUAAUACAGUCUGACAUGUGAAUCUGGACUUUCACAUCAUCAGACUGUUUUUAUUUUAUCUACUUUGUGCUCCUGCGAGGAGUUCUUAACCGGUUAUGAAACAGUGGAACUGAUCCUAGAGCCUCUAUGUGACCUACAAAAGCAAACAGCACCAUCAGCAGGUUACAGCACGCUGCAGAAACCGGCUUUGUUUACAUUUUCCACAGUUAAGACUCACAGUGAGUGAAGUGUUUUUUUUUCUGUCAAAGAAAACAGAGAGAGUUUUUUUUUGUCUGAAAACAUGACUUGAGCACUCACAGAACAAGAGCAGCUGCUUCAUCAACAAGCCUCUUCAAAGUCAGUGUGAGCUGAUAGAUCUUCUCAGGAGCGUUUAUGAGUCAAAGUGUGUUCAAAGGUUGUUAGGACGCGGUGUGAAAUGUAAACGAAAGCAGAACUUGAUGGCUUGCUAAUCAUUUAAAGCCUAUUUUUAAUUAAUAACAGUGCAAAGGCAUGAAAUCUGAAGUUGAAACUUUAAAUAUAUGCUCAUUUAAAAUUCGAUAAUUGCAGUCAGGUACAUGUUUGUCUUCUCUGUAAACAUUUGGGAACCGAGGAGACCAGUUUCUCAUGUUUCAAACUGUUGUCCUAUUCUUACCUGAUAAAGGAUUUCAGCUGCUCAACAGUUCAGGGUCUAUGUUGAAUUUUUUUGUGUCAGGACAACAAGCAGAUAAUUUCAGCGCCUGGACUCUUCUCCUACAGAGCUAUGUUGUUGUAAUCCCUGCAGAAUGUGGUUUGUCGUUGUCUUGCUGAAAUCUGUAUAUACUGUUCAGCAUUAAUGGAGCCUUCCAAGCCCUGUGAGCUACCCAUGUCAUGGACACUUGAGCUUUUCUGUACCGUCCCAGAUGCUAUCUUAUAAACUGAGUGCUGAUAUCAAGCCAUGCAGUCUUUGUAGUCCUUUUUUUCAAGCUGAGGAUGUGGCAUGCAUGCCCUGCAAAUGUGGUUUUCUCUGGAAGUCAUAUUUCCAUGCAGGAGUUAGAGCUUUCUCUUUGGGUUUCUAAACUUUGUAACCUUUUAAUGAAAAAAUCUGUAUCCUGUUUAAGUUAUAAUAAUUACGAUGAUCAGCAUCUAUUCUCUGAGGUCCAUUUAAAGUUUUCCAUUUUUAAGUCUUCAGUCUGGCCUGUCAUUUUCAUGUAAUCUUGUACUGGAUCAAAGUGUUGGACCAGUCGAUGGAUAAAUCUGCGAUUCAUCAUCUCUACCUGGGAAAAAGAAGACAGAACAUUUUCCAUUUUUAUGAUGAUAAAUAAUCAGGAGUCAAGCAAUUCCACCGCUUUGACAUCCAUCUCCAACAUGUUCUGCUGUCCAAAUAUUUCCCAGAGCCUCUCAUGCUGACGAGCUAUCUUUAGAUCCAGAUAUUACAUCAUCCCCUCUGUCUUAUCAGCUGCGUUUCACGGCUAUUUAAACCAAAUAACACAAACACAGCACAGAGUUCAGAGCCAUAAUUGGAGUUCAUGGUGGUUCCCGGCUGUCAACACGCAGUAACCUCCUGCUCUGCUCGCCCUGCAGGAGCGACAGGACCGCUCUCUCUCCCACCGGCUCUGCUUUCACCAGGGAAGAUUCUGACCCCCUGACUCCAGCCCGAGAGCCCCAGUGCAACGUGGGAACGGAGACACAAAGGAUCAUGGGAAAGGAGGUGAAAGAGGAGCAGAACCGUCUGAAGGGCUGUGUGGUGAGUAGCUUUGGUAAUUCCUUCUAUGACUGCAGAAACCACAGUGUGGCUGUGGAGUGGGAGAAAACAACAGCAUCAGCGCUGACAGAAGAUGAGCUCAGCCUCUUUCGGUCCUACGUCUUCUGUGGCUGCAGAAAGUGACGCACUUUGUCCUCUGGGCUGGAAAAAGUCUGAUUUACAGUUUGAGAAGGUUUUUUCCUAAAUAACAGUAUCUUAAAAAAACAUCCACAUAAGCUGUUGAGCCGGGGUCUCCAGGCUGGGUAAUCAGAGUACUGCUGGUUUUCCAUCCUAACAGAUAGUUAUUGAACUUGAUAGUUUGGUCUGAUAUACCGAUUGUUAGAAAACUCUUUGAAUUGCGUUUUUAAACAGGAAAACCCUCAGGAUUGGAAUCUGUUUUUAAUAGAGACCUACAGUAGCUCCAAGGGUCAACUGAGCAAACAUGCAUGACCCAGAAAUGGGAAAAUAUUUUAUCUAAAACAGAAAUAUUGUAUUUUACUCAAAUUCAUUUCACAUUAUGCAAAAAUAUUCAAUUAAAACACUUAAAAUAUUACAGAAAAAUGCUAAAGAAACUUCACAAAUUCAAAAAAAUUUAAAAUAUGUCACAAAACACAAAAUAUUUCAAUCAAAAUAGAGGAAUAUGGACAACAGAUUCACAAAAAAGUCAAACUAAAGCUCAAAUUAUGGACUUAAAUGUCUCAGUUACAGGAUAUUGUUUAUCAUUAUCUUGAGAAGGAGGAGUUUUCGAUGCACAAUAUCCCCACAUGUAUAUAAGAAUAUAGAAAUCUAAGCUUUGUGACAAACCCACUGGAGCUCAACAUCAGGUGGAAGUUUGCGAAAAGCUGCUGGAGGUCUGAUUACAUAAGUCUGGUCAUAUUUGACUUCACAGGUCUUGUUCUCCAAACUGUGAAAAUAAACAGUCCACAAAGACUCAGUGUUGGCUGGUUAACGGGUUUAAUUUAUAAAGUGUUCAGUAAUAAGUGUGAGAGCCAGAAUUAGUUCAGGACGAACAUGGUGGUCUGCAGAGUUUGAAAGACACGAUUUACAAGAAGAGCAUGUCGACAACAUCAGCCACUGCAGUAUAAAACACUUCAUAAUGAAGGCUGUGCUGGUUUUCUGUUCUUCCUGCCUGAAAAUGAAGGAAAAAAGAUUUGUUGUAAAAAUAGAAAUCUAUUUUGAAUUCCCGCUCUGUCUGUAAAUGUGGUUCAGUGUUUCGUGCUGUCCUCCAGGUUUUUCUUCUGCUUUCAGAGACGGUUUUGUCAGGUCACCAACACCCUUUAUUCUUUGUUUAUUCUUUAAUUUGAUGGUUUGUGUUUGAAUAAACUUUUUAUUUUUAUUAUAUUCAACACUUCCACCUACUUUAAGUAAAAUAAAAAAAAUGUCAUUUUGGGCUUUUUAUCUGCAGAAAAUGGUUCAUAUCACUGAAGAUGAAGGAUUUUUAGAUCCUAAAUAAUGCAAAAAAUAGUUUUUACUAACAAACUUUGUGGGGUUGUGUGCCACUUUUGUGCCAGUCAGUUUUAUUGAAUCUUCUUCCUCUGUUUGUUGAUUCUGGUUCUUAUUGAUCCUUGAGUUUGAUUCCAUUAUUUUUGGACGAUUAAAUAAGUAUUUUAAAAGACAUAUACACUCACCGGCCACUUUAUUAGGUACACCAUGCUAGUAACGGGUUGGACCCCCUUUUGCCUUCAGAACUGCCUCAAUUCUUCGUGGCAUAGAUUCAACAAGGUGCUGGAAGCAUUCCUCAGAGAGCUUGGUUCAUAUUGACAUGAUGGCAUCACACAGUUGCCGCAGAUUUGUCGGCUGCACAUCCAUGAUGCGAAUCUCCCGUUCCACCACAUCCCAAAGAUGCUCUAUUGGAUUGAGAUCUGGUGACUGUGGAGGCCAUUUGAGUACAGUGAACUCAUUGUCAUGUUCAAGAAACCAGUCUGAGAUGAUUCCAGCUUUAUGACAUGGCGCAUUAUCCUGCUGAAAGUAGCCAUCAGAAGUUGGGAACAUUGUGGUCAUAAAGGGAUGGACAUGGUCAGCAACAAUACUCAGGUAGGCUGUGGCGUUGCAACGAUGCUCAAUUGGUACCAAGGGGCCCAAAGAGUGCCAAGAAAAUAUUCCCCACACCAUGACACCACCACCACCAGCCUGAACCGUUGAUACAAGGCAGGAUGGAGCCAUGCUUUCAUGUUGUUGACGCCAAAUUCUGACCCUACCAUCCGAAUGUCGCAGCAGAAAUCGAGACUCAUCAGACCAGGCAACGUUUUUCCAAUCUUCUAUUGUCCAAUUUCGAUGAGCUUGUGCAAAUUGUAGCCUCAGUUUCCUGUUCUUAGCUGAAAGCAGUGGCACCCGGCGUGGUCUUCUGCUGCUGUAGCCCAUCUGCCUCAAAGUUCGACGUACUGUGCGUUCAGAGAUGCUCUUCUGCCUACCUUGGUUGUAACGGGUGGUUAUUUAAGUCACUGUUGCCUUUCUAUCAGCUCGAACCAGUCUGGCCAUUCUCCUCUGACCUCUGGCAUCAACAAGGCAUUUCCGCCCACAGAACUGCCGCUCACUGGAUAUUUUUUCUUUUUCGGACCAUUCUCUGUAAACCCUAGAGAUGGUUGUGCGUGAAAAUCCCAGUAGAUCAGCAGUUUCUGAAAUACUCAGACCAGCCCUUCUGGCACCAACAACCAUGCCACGUUCAAAGUCACUCAAAUCACCUUUCUUCCCCAUACUGAUGCUCGGUUUGAACUGCAGGAGAUUGUCUUGACCAUGUCUACAUGCCUAAAUGCACUAAGUUGCCGCCAUGUGAUUGGCUGAUUAGAAAUUAAGUGUUAACGAGCAGUUGGACAGGUGUACCUAAUAAAGUGGCCGGUGAGUGUAUCAUCAUUGUUUGGACACUAAAGCUCUUAAAAGUGGACUAUCACUUAUGUAAGGGAUUUUAGUUUGUUCCCUCAUUUAUAAAAGUAAAUAUCAAUCCAUCUUUAACAGAGAUAUUGACAGGCGCUUUUGUGCAGGACUUUAAAUUUGGAGCGUCCCCUCAGAUUCCCACCAUGUUAAAGUAAAUGCUUCGUCUUAUCGGGGUUUGCUUCCUCUAUGCAUGAAACUUGUUGGCAGCAUGUUUUGCAUGUUGCUGUCUCAUUAUUUCUGUGGUAAAGAUUUGAAUAGUUUGAUGAGUCGGUCGUGAUCGUCUUCUCACAGUUUUGCUAAAGUACUGCAUCACAAAUGACAUGAUGUCACAUCAGCACAGCAACUCCUGACAGAUAAGAACUAUGUCUGUUGGCACUGAAUUCUCCCCGAGGUUCAAUCCUGAGUGGUUUAUGUUGCCCUGAGAGUAAAACUGAACUUCACUUUGUUAUUGACCCCACAAAUCUCAGUAUCGAUAGAUUCAAAGUUGGAACUAAUUGUUUAUACUAAAACCCAACAAUUAAUUUCUGAUUUUUCAUGAGCAGCUGUCCUGCACCUUGACAUUUCACUGAAAUGAUAACAUUUUCCGAAGUGAGUCCUCUUCUGGAGCUCAGAGAUGUAUUACAAGAGAAAAGCAGAAUCCCACCUAUUAGAAGAAGACAUAAACGUAACUUUGCGCCUUGUUUUCAGUCAGACUCUCCAUCUCCUGACAAGAACCGAAGUCAAAAUGUUCCAGAAGUUGCCACGCAGAAGUCACAGGAAGAGCCUCUAGAGGUGUUAUUUAACCUGGCAGAAGAAUUUCGGUAGUUUCCAUGAAAAAUGUCAAGCCGUGACUGUUCAGCACGGUCAUAUUAUGGGCCAGAGCAAAUAAAUCCUUCCCCUGGACCAAAAAAUUUCACUUUAUGGUAUAAUGAGAUCUUGGCUUUCACCCGUUUUAACAAAGGUUCAGUCUUCAGAUUAAUACUGAAUGACCAAAUGACGUGAGGGUCAGGGCAGGGUGAGAGGAUAAUCUGCAGAGCAUGUGGAUUCCUCCGACACGACAUUCCUCAUCCUGGAGGCCGACCAGAAGCUUUAUUGAGCAUGUGGGUGCUGCUGCAGUAACCCUACGGUCCAUAAAGCUAAAAGGAAAUACUGUUGGAGGCAUACAGAAAUUUUAGUGUGUGUGGUAUGUUAAAAAGCAGCAAUUAUGUUUAUAUUUAGUCUUUUAAGUCAGUGCAUUAAAACUCUGCACGGCCUGAGAGUGAAUGCAUAGUAGCCAUUUGUAGUCCACUCAGAGGAAUCCCAUCAUUUGGGGGACCCUGAGGCUGUCAUGGAGCAGAUGUGUUGGCAUCAUUUUGCCCAGAGAGCACCAAGAUGGGGACUCCCUCAAGUGAGAUGGAUAAAGCCCUUUAAAGAUUUGAUUUUAAUGCAUGCUACUUGAAUUAGUCUGAACUAAACAAAAAAAAGAGAUUCAGUUUCAGGUAGCUGAUUUUUUUUUUUUUUUUUGAGAUUAUAAAAGACUUUAAAUCUUACGAGGUUGAAUGCAGAUCCAAAAAUGCAUAAAUACAUGCUAAAUUCAUUUGCAAGAACAGUUUUCAUGAGUUUUGAGCACAAUGUGGGGAUUUUAGUGAACUCAAGAUACAUUCAUGAUGCUUGUUCUCAAAUUUAGCUUGUUUUUACAUUUUUUAAGGGUGUAUAUAACGCUGUUUAUGUUCAAUAUUUGGAGAAGAAAUUACUACACAAAACUGCUCAAUGUGAUGCCUUUACUUGUUUUUGUUCUUUUAUUUUGACUUCCCAGCACAGAUGUGUUUUUUGUUAUGAUGACAAACAUGCUCUUAUUUUGAAAAGACACAAAAAGUACCCUCACCCGACAAUUAAAAGCAGUGGUAAAUAAAAAGAGCCUAAAAAAAUAAAAGGUUAUAAUAUUUAAUGUACUGUACAGAUCUAUUUAUGAUAUAUAUUUUUAACAAAGAAUAUAGAAACAUCAGUAUCAGCGUCAGUCUGUUUGUCAACUAGUUCAAAAAUCCUCAUAGUGCCUUAAAUGCAGCAGAGAUUAUACAUGAAUGCCAAACAGCUGGGAAAUAAUCUUUGUGCACUCCUCACCUUUUACUCUUUGGCAUCAUGGCUUAAAAUGCUGGUGAUUGAUCGAAGGCACACACAGUAGAUCUACAAUCAACCCCAAGACUGCAGGACAUUUCAAUUAUUAUAGCACUAAAAUGCAAAUACAUGGGUGCAGCAUGUAGACAUGGUAUCCUUUUUUAUGUUAUAUAAAUCUGACAAUGCAAUUUUAAGACUUGAAGGACAUUAUUUCAUCGAAGAGGAGUUCAUAACAUCACCUAACCUUACAGAAGUUGAUGUCGACAUUUUAAUCAUGUUUUUUAAGCCCCGUUUCGAACCGCCACCUGUAACUGGAGCGCAUCAGACCAGAAAACCAGUCCCACUGUUUGUCUGAAUGAGCUCUGACUUUCUUGGCAGACACAUCCUCGGCCCCUUUUGCUGUGGUUGUUUUCUUUAUUGCUUAGUAGCUGUUAGUUACCUGGGUGCUGUCUGUUCAAGUCGUAAGUCUUUAUGGAGGGAUUAAUAAGACCCUCAGAACAAAAACCCUGCAGCCUAAAAGCCAAAUCUAACACCGGGCUGAACCUCAAGUUGAACAGCUCGAGUUAUUUGUCACAUACUUUCGUAACACUUGCGCUGCAGCUCCUGCAUGUUCUGAGUUAGUUUCAUAAUCGAGUAUUUGUAUUUGUAAGAGAGGGAGAUGCAGCUGCGCAGGUCUGCAGGCUGCACGCACUUUACCUUCCAGUCUGAACCCUCUGCUCUGCAGCUGACGACAGAUGGAAGGUUGAAGUGUCUGUAUGCGUAAUAAUGUACUGUAUGCCUUAUUCUGUGUUAGCAGUGGAACAGCCUCUUGUUUCUGGAGGUAAACAUGGCCAUCGUCUGUUUCUCUGGCUAAUUGCAUCCAGGUGCAGGGGCUGCAGACCAGAUGGGCUAGGUGCUAAGUGAUAGUUCUUGGCUGACAUCACUUCGUAGCACGUUAGAGCGAGACACGCGGUAAAGAGGAGAUGAGAAAUACACGGAUAAGAGUCAACAGACCAAGAGAAGUAUGCAGGAUCAGGAGGCCAUUAAACAAACUCUUAAAAAAAACUGAAUACCAUCGAAUAUGACUGAACAAAUCAUUAAGAGGCUAUUUUUUGCUGCGGCCGACAUGAUUUUUUUCUCAUAUGGCGGAGCGGGAUGUCGAGUGCACCGCAGAGCGUGUUUGAAAGAUGAAGGACAGAAGCAAAUAUCUGCAGAGGAGACGUCAGCAAUGGUUAUCUGCCCUGUCAAAUGAAUCAGAGGAGUUUGUUAGUGAAAUAGUCUGAUAGUGUUCCUCUGUGAAGCUCAGACUGCUCUACAGAGUCUGGCAUGUUAGUAAGUGAUGUUAAAGCCCUGCGUUUUACUGCGUCUCUUGCAUAAUUUCUAAGGCGACACUUUUCUCCAAGUCUCUGACUCACUCCUCCUAUAAGCCUGUCAGUAAAUAAUGUGGUUAAAUUAGAGCUACUCCAUAAAACACUCUUAUUAAUGGCUGUUUUGUGCUUUUUGGCUGCUGUAGGAAUUCAUAAUUCCUUUUUUUUUUUUGACAUGAAACCUUUGACAGAUGAAUAUUUGCCUCGCCGAUGGUCACAGAGCCCUCAGUUGUGUCAGCGCGGGUUUUACAGGCGUAUGUUAAAGACAUUAUGGUAGACAGAACAAUUAACGCAGCGUGGUCUGCGUUAUUCAUACAUUUAGUUUGAGAAAUGUCAGCGUGAAAGAAUGCUGUGCUAAAUUUAAGUUGUGAUUAUUUCAUAUUUGUGCCAGAAACUUCACACAGAGUUUGGUGUUUGAAUCUGAAUUUAAGAGGAAAGUGAAGAAGAAACAUCCUCAGCUGCUCUUACUGAGUGACAGUAAAGGUUGUGAAGCCUGCUUCCUGUUUUCAUAUUUCAUUGCUCAAUUUGUGUUUCUUUAUCUUACAAAUUCUUACCAAUCUUUUCUAAACUGAGUAGUUUAUUUAGUUUAAUCCAUAAUAGUUCAUUGCUUCUGUUGUCAGAGUACAAGACAGCUCUACUCGCUCAAAGCUCAACUCCCAGAUAUGGGGUGCAUGUGUAGACCACUUGGUCAGCUGCACCCCACUCUGGUAUCAAUUUGAUGACUAACCCUUAACAACAUCUGCACUCUUUAGAAGUUCCAGUCUGGUUCCUUUCACUGUUUCUUGGAUUUAGUUUCAUGUAUGGGGUCUGCAGGGGCUCAGACACUCCUGAAUACUGCUCUGCUGGCUUUCGUGGUCUGGUUCUUGCUUAUAUCUGUUGGACUAGCUGCAGAUUCAAACUAAAAGCUUAAACUCGCAUUCAUUUUGACACAGUCUGCAUAUUGCUUUCGACUUCUGGAUUGAGCUGUCUGUGCAGUAGAGAAAGGGACUAGACUCAUGUAUCUUUGCUCCACCAGCCCACUGCAUGAACUCGGCCUCCCUACAGGGUCUCUAGUGCAAGAGGUUUCGCCUCAGGAGAGAUUUAAAGUCUGUGGUGAAAUGUGGCAGAAGUUAACUCAAAGGGCUGAAAUGUCUAAAUAAUCCAUGAUGAAACACUUCAGUACAAGAAACUAUAACAGAAUGAUUAUUAGAUGAUGUCUUGUCCAAAAUAAGUAUGAGAGGAUCGGCCCUAACAGCACGCACGCUGCUGUUUCAACAUGUUCUUCCUCAGUGCAAUGAUUCAGACAGUUAACCAGAGUUGGUAACAAGACCAGCCCUCAGGAAAUCCCACUGUGUUCUCUGUCCUGGUCCAGACACGUGUAGCUGACUGUGGAAACCUCACUGCUCGCUCCUUUGGCCAAGCUUUAAAGCACUCUGAUGGUCUUUAAAGAGGCUUAGUGGCUGUUGACGUCUUUGAUAUAUUUCUGCACGUCGGCAAGGUCUACAGCUCCGACUUUGACCUCGCUAAAAACUCCUCUGCAUACUUCCAGACGGAGACGGGGCAUAGGAAUGGAAACCAGGAUCCAAAGGUGAAAAAUAGGGCUGAUGUUUAACGAGAGCUGGAGGUACUGGAUUUCAGUGAGGUGUGUUUCCAGCCCUGAUGUCUCUUUCUAGUCAUCAGAGUGUUAAAACACAUGUUCACAGCCUCCUUAGACUUAAUGUGUCCAUUCAUGCAGCAGUUAUAAUUUAUUUAAACUCUCGCUGCCAUCUUUAGUGUUUUUAUUACAAAUCUUGAUGCUGUCAAACUGAAAUAGUUUCUACCUUUCUCCCGCUCUGGCUUAUUUCACUGAGAAUAACCACCCUUUGUAAGAAAGUAUGCUUUGUGUCAUUUAUAGGAGACUUUUCUUCGCUCUGGGCAGCUGUCCAUGCCGUCCAGACUCCAGCCACAUUUUAACAUUUACAUUAACUGUGAGCCACAGCAACGCCUUUUUGUUGAGUGAAGGUUCGGGGAAUAAAAUCCUCCAUUUGAGGUGUUUAUGCAUCCUGUUAACAUUCGUUCUGUGGACGCUUAACAGAAAGAGGAACUUGAAGUAAACACUGGUGCUGUGAUGAAGAGGAUGAAGAAACUCAUCCCAUGACACCGUCAGCUCAAUAUCUGAGCGCUGAUGGGUUACAUAACCGAGCACAUGGCUAUUAAUGUCCCCUAAAACCCAAACAUGAGGACAGAUGGGGUAAGAUGGGCAGCAAGAGCCAGUAAAUCAUCUGGGUUGUCAAGUCAGCUCUUCCCUUUGCGAGUGCAAUAACCUGCUUCACUGUCUGAGAAUCAAACCUCCACUAUGAUAGCUCUCAGCCUCCUGCAAAAAAGGGAAAAUAAAAGAGAAACAAAAGACUUUGAGGAGAGUCUGCAGAGAGGUGUUGGUUAGAGGAUGAGAAAGGCAGAGCCAGGAAGGGAAGCUUGUUUUAGCUAGGGGAGGCUGCACGCUCUACCUUCACUUCUUUUCAUGAGAGAAAACAGGAGAAUCUCUACAGAAGAGGAUUAGGGCCACUGAAAAAAAGAAAAAAGGUCUGAUAUAAUAUUUUUUAGAAUUAUUAUUCUGAGGUUUAAGUCAAAAUUCUGAAAAAAAAAAAAGUCAUAAUUAUCAGAAAAAAAGCCAGAAUUCUGACUGAAUUCACAGAAUUAUAAUAAAAAAAUUUUCUUUAUUGGACCUUUUUUUUUGUCACUGUUGCCCCAGUCCUCUUUCGUAGAGUCUCAGAGAGCUGUGAAGACUGAUUUAUACUUCUGUAUUGAUCCCAUGCUAUAGCAUGCAUCAUAGGUUUUGCAUCGACUUGUACCUGUGCAGAUGCUCACAUAGAAGCCUGAUGAGUUUCUCCUCAAAAAAUCUGCUUUACGUUGAAAGACAGACUGUGAUUUUCCCUGCAUCCGCAGCAGUUCUAGUAAUGACAGCUUGUUUGUUAAGUCACUACCUAAACCUCCAUUUGCCAUGGUUUCUUGUUCCUCAAGAGUAGAAAGUAGUGGACCAGAAAACUGAAUUUUAAAGCAUCUUCAAAGUCCUGUCACAUUACAAACAUACUGAGCUGUUUUCAGAGUCUGUCCUUUAAAGACCUUUAUCCUCCCGUCCUCAGACUUCUGCUGAAUGUGGGAUCAGCCGGAGCCAAAGCCAGGAGCAGCAAUCAGCGAACCACACCUCAUCACCCACUGCAGACGGCCCGGUCUGUGUUAAUGAUGUCAUACUCAGACAUCCAUCGAAGGGAGAAAGGUGACAUUUCAUCCCUCUCUCUUUCUCUCUCUCUCUCUGUCUUUCUCUCUCUCUCUGUGAAUUACAUAAUGAGAGGUCUUUAUGUAAGUCAUAAUUACAGUCACAUGUCUGUGUUUUCUUUGCAGCAGGAAGCCCAGAGCCGAGCCGAGGCUGGCGGCUGCCCCACGAGGCCACCCACAGCUCCACACACAGCUCCAGAAGUUCACCGUGUCUGCUGACAAGGUGAACUCCCGAGCAUACCUAGAUUUACCUUUGCACCAGAAAUCACCUGGAAAUACCUUUUUCUGUCCUCUGUAGAGCAAAUGCUGAAACUUUGACUUUCAGUCUCCAGUGUCCAGUCAGCUCUGUAGUAUCAGCUCCCACACCCUCCUCUUGUGAGCAGCCACAGACGUUAGGUCACACUUUUACAUGACUCAAAGUUUUUUACGUUGACUUUGUAAUUUCUGAUGAGCUGCUACAAUCAAUGUCCUGAUUUUUAACACUUAUUUGGCGGGUUAACAAAUCAUUAUUGGAAAAGUCACUCUACCACUGGUCUUGUUCUCUGCUCAAAUGUCACUCUGAUUUUCUGUGUCUCUCCUAAAUUAUUGUCUAGUCUUUCUGGCUGCAUCUAGAGUCCUAAUCAGGACAUAGAAAACUAAGCAGAUCACUCCUGUUUCUUAAAUCUCUUCACUGGCUGCAAGUUUUUAAACAGAAGAAGUGAAAAAAGGCUGCUGCUGAGAGAACUGAAAUACCUUCUUAGAGAGUAAAAACUCAUAAGACUCAAAGAUCUCCAGGAAGAAUUUACUCAUUUUACAGGUAUCAUAUGUAUUAUUGAGGCUUUUUUAUACUUAAAGCUCCUAGGAGGGGUUUCAAACAGACUGAAAUGGACAGUGAUGACUCAUUUUGACCUACAAAAGCAACCAAGGACAACACCGACAUCACUUACAUUUCUUUUAAUGUCUGAAAGGGAAAAAGUAGGAUGAAACAAUGUGUAGUUAACUGAAGAAAUAGCCUUUCUUUAUACUUUUUAAACAGCAAAUAGUCUCAGUUGUUGGAAAAUACUACCUGGACAUUUACAGACACUCACCUGUUUUCAUGAGGGAGGGAGAAAUGAGUGUGAGGAAAAAAGAGAUUAGAGUCCACAGAGGUGUAAAGAAGAGGAUAGUGCAGGUGGAGCCAGGGUGAGAAGCCCUGACUGUUUGCUCUACCUCCCCUACUUGCCCUGAUUUCAUGUUUUUAAACGUCUUUUUUUGUCAUUUCUGAACCAGUUUCAAUCUGUGUUAAGCCUCUUUGUUCGAAAUGUGUUAAACAAAUAAGUUUUCUUUGCUUUUGACCCUCUGUCUCUGCCUGUUUUCCCUCAGACUUUGUCCUGGCUGAAAGACAACGUGUCCAUGGCCACUCAGGUGUGUUCAGUCGCCAGUUUUGAGGGUCUGGAAGCCGCCCGGAGGUGUCAGCAUGCACUGGACCAAGAAAUCCUCACCAACAGGGCCAGGAUAGAGGUGGUCAAAAGGGUGAGCCAAAGCACACUGUCAUGUUCACGGUUUGUCUUAAAACAUAAGCACUGGAUGGAUGCCCUGAGUGAAAAUAUCCCCCACAUGCUGCAGACUGGGCACCUUGACAGGCCUGGCUGGUGUAUUAAUCAAAUAACGAGCUGACAUUUCAUCUGAGACGGCUUAACUCACCACAAACUUCAGAUCAGCUCGACAUUUCUCAACAUGAAUCCCAGUCCGCAGUCAUCACAUGCUCUGAUCGGUUUAACGCCGCUUCCUCAGGAGGGCCGCGAGCUGGUCCGCGCUCAGCACCCGGGCGGCGCCAGGAUCGAGGAGUUCCUGGGCCAGCUGGAGGUCCUGUGGGAGGAGCUGCGCAGGAGGCACCAGAGGAACGCCGUGUUUCUGAGGGCCUCAGAGGAGCUGGGCUUCAGGGUAAGAUUCAUAAAACGGCUCCCAGCAGGCGCCCUUGAGUCAUACUGAGGGAAGUUAGUUACUUCUAAAGUUAUUGAGGAAAUUUAUGGUGAUGACGGAUGAUUCUGGAUCAGGUCUCUCGUUGUGAGAGGCUUCAUGCCUCACGGUUAGAAGCACUUUCAUCUUUACCACCUUAAUUGGCGAGCAGCAUGGUAUAUCCCCUAAAUUUAUGAAUCCUAAUCCAAGGCAUAUAAAUUGUGCUGCCAUAUAAUUCAAUUAUGGGAUGGAAAGAGGCUGCAAAUCCCCCCAGAUUGAUGACUGAGUUGGAAAGCGUGAGUCUUUUAUUACAGGAGAUGUAAGUCACAGCAUGGUCUGCUCCCAUACGGUGCGCACAUUUCUGUUUCUUUGUGUAGUGCGUCAGUUUUGUUUGUUUUUGCAGCUCCCUGAAUCACUCACAAACCCUCCACAUAAUCAGCCUCUCCCUCCGCUCGCUCUGUAGGUUGUUAAAGUGCUGCAGGCCCUGGGCAGCCUGGAGGCCUGGCUGGAGUCAGUAGAGCUCUCCAUGAAGGAGUCGGCGCUGGCCGGAGACCCUGAGACGAUGAGCGUGGCUGAGAGGGAGAGCUGUCUGCUGGAGAAGGAGGUGGCAGCGCGCAGCCUGGAGCUCGGCGCUCUGAGGCAGGAGGUGGACCGUCUCCAGGAGCACAGUCACCCGCACACACGGGGCCUGCCAGCUCGCAUGGAGGAGGUGGAGAGGAAGUGAGUAUGUCAGAAGAGGACAGGAAGAGGUCAGGGGUUUAAGUAACUGCGCUAUAUUAACGCUGUCAGAUUGAAUCAAAUCUUUGAAAAAAAGUUAUUGAAGAGACAAAAAGGAUUUUUAUCCUGAUAAAACCUCCAGUUGAACUUUUCGACAGCUUUCAGCAAAACAUCAGCAGAGGACUGGAAUCAUGCUGGAUUACAGGGACAGAGUAGGAAACGUACAUGUUUGCCUAAAUAAAGUUAUUUUUCCUCUUCUUAUGCUCUGUACUCUACCUGGAGUCUUUGCUGGUGCUCAUCCUUUCUUGGCUUUUCAUGUUUGUACAUGAAACAGAGGGGAGGUUUGCUCUCUAUCCUCAGAUCAGAACUUUACUGCCACAUAUUUUAUAUUGCAUGCACAUGAUUAGUUCAGUUUGACUAGAGUGAUCCGGACUGGACUAUUUUUAGCCUUAAAUUACUGCAUAAGUAUGAGUGCUGUAAAAAAAAUGAAAGGUUUUGUACCCAUAAAAUAUUUCAGCAACAUAAAACUUUAAGGAACUCUGAGGAUCUUAAGCCUGCAUCCUAAAUCAGGAUAGAAGAAAGUUAGCUUAUCCAGUUCUUGACAGCAAAAGAAAAAACUGUCUUACCGAGUCUACAUCGUUUAAACCCCCUCAUAAGCAGACCCAGAGGAGCUCCUGUUAUGAUCUAAACUUUAUGACCGGAGGUUUCACUCAUCACUGUGGUCAGGAAAUAAAAUAUGUCAGUGUUUCCGAGAGGUCGCAGGGUUGGGCUUGCUCUACAAUCCCACGAUGGAAGAGUUUAUUCAUAACAUCCACCGUUUUUAUUCAAGACAAACAACCUAACCCGAUAUAUCAUGAAAAUAUACAUCCAUAAGCUGCAUUUGUUUCUUCAUUAGCAAGUUGGCGAAACAUACUCUCUGUGUGCUCAUUACAAGGUUUUCCUUACAGUCCCGACAUGCACGUCACCCACAACACGUCAUUUUGAUUUAAAUUUGCUCGUUCAGCCUGAGCACGCUGCAGCUGUCUCUUCAGUGUGACGAAUCCUGAUGGUUCUGGCGGGUUCACUGGACAUACCUGUGCCUGUAAACACAAGCUCAAAGGUCUCAGUUGAACAGGGUAGUGCUGUUAGAUGAGGGCUGGACUCUGCAGGUAGGGGUUUUUUACUCAGCAGCUGUCAAACAGUUGUGAUGAUGUCAUUAUUUAAUGCAGCGUAUAAGCAACUUAAGGCUCAUUUGUUCUGGAGAAAACACCCUUUGAAAUCUGUCCCUUCACCGUCUCAAAUAUAAACUCUGCACCAUCAUGCCCUGAGGAACAGGACGUGUUUAUAUGACACAUGAUAUAUGAUUACAUUCGCUGCCCUCAGUGUGCAGCACAGCCUCUGUUAUGUGGUUUUUCUGAAGGAUGCAGGAUGUGGAUUACAGCGUCUGUCUGUGUGUGUGUGUGUGUGUGUGUGCGUGUAUGUUUCCAGGUACCAUCGAGUCCAAAGUGCCCUGACCCAGCAGCACUCAGAGCUGCAGGACACACGGAUGCUGACAGAGUUCCUGGAGCGUGUGGAGCUGGAGGAAAGCCAGGAGCUCAGCGGGAGUCAGUACAGCCUCGGCCAGGUGAGACACAGGCCUUAAAGGGGUCGUUUGUUUAUCUGAAGUGGGUCCAUAACCCACAAAAGAACCCAGCUCCUUUACUGAGAACCACCAGGCAGAGAAUCAGGUUAUCUAGGGUGACCAUAUUAUGAAUCCCCAAAAAGAGGAAAACAUCUGCAGGGCGAAGUCGCAUGUAGUAAAUUUUGAGAGUUUUUCGGGUCGGGUCAAGUGUUUUUUAUGUGCUUCUAACUCAGUUAGUCCACGCUACACAAACUCAAAACUUCCAUGCAAAACCCUGGACAUUUGAAGGAUUUUAUAAACUCCCCUGGACAAGGCCGGACAGCCCCCCAAAAAAGAGGACAUGUCUGGGUAAAAGAGGAGGUAUGGUCACCCUACGUUAUCAACUGUCAAUUUGCUAAUUGGUCCCCCGCUGUGAGGGGGAAGGUAUCGGACCAGUUCAUGCAGACGUAUCAGGAAUUUGUACAUAUCUUCAAACAUAAACACAUAUACAAAACCUUCUUGUGUGACCCAUGUCCACGCCAAAAUCAAACAUUUAAAGUUUAAACUUCAUGUGAUGAAAACUCUCUCUGUGUCUUUCAGCCUCUUCACAGCGAGAUCUCAUCAGCUCCUGCACUACUGGGACUCCAAAGCAGCAGCGGGUGUGGUUCAGAGCCCCUGAUCGAAAGCAUGGGAGACCCUGUGGAGGAACUCCGGGAAGCCGUAGAGAUGCUGAAUGACACCGUGAGGGAAAGAGGCCGAUCACAGAGCCACGAUCAGGCCAUUCAAGAGCUGCUGAGAAAGGUCAGAGGAGGGGAGUCGAUGGUUUCAGUGUUUGUUUAUAUCCAGCCUCGCUGAUGCUGAAGGCUUUUUAAGUCCCUCUGCUUUUGGCACAAACAGCUGCACAAACCCACGGAGCCACAUCUGGUUUGCUUUGUCUGUGGUUAUGUACUUUAAUAGGCCCCAAACGAGCCACCACUCCUCCUCGCAUGAGUGUUUUUGCACUAAUUCGUUUUAUUCUUGCGCUCAUGUCAAAAUAGCACAUGCACUCACACCCGCAGGGGACUCCAUGACACCAUUUUAAACACUAAUUUGCAAUGUGGCUCUCAUUGGAAAACAAAUAAUACACAGUGAAGCAUAAUGACUUAAUGACAGCCUGCGUGUGCUCAUGAUGACUUUCUGCCUCUCCAGUAUGCCAGCCUGGCUGUGCGAGUGGAGGAGAGCCUGUCCUGCAGCAAGGAGCUGAGUCUGGACAUCCUGGAGAGGGAGACAGACAUGGCCGUCCAGUGUGAGCCGGAGCGCUGCGGCCUCGAGGCUCUGCAGGCAAAACAAGACCAGCUGGAGGUGAGAGGAGAGCGCAUGUUGCGAUCAUGUUUUAGUCAUUUGAUCAGAUUAAGUCGAGCUAAUACAAUCCAGUACUCCAUGUAGAGUAGGUGUAGAGGACAUAGCUUCUCUCAUCCGUCGGUUUGUCAUCUGCUUUUGUAAGUCUGACCAUGCUGGUUUCCCGGAGCCAGAGGUGAAAAUAUUUGGAUGUUAGGGUGGAGUUUGAAAGCAGUCAGGGUUAGCAACGCUGAGUUUAACAGCCUCUGCCCAUGACUCAUUCAUUAGCUGGGGAAUAAGCCGGUGAACCAUCGGGUUUCACACGGAGGGAGAUUAUUGUGUUAGGAGCCUACCUGAGUUGUUUAUCUGUUGGACUAAAUGAGCUCAGAGAGCCCGAGGAACAAAGCGGAUCUGCUGCUACCCACAUGUCCUGUGGACCAAUAAGUGUUGAUAGAACGGUAUUAUCUGCUAACUACGGAAAAAAGGGGGUCUAUUUAUCUCAACAGUCCGUGAUCUGCAAGCCAGGUGUGAUGAGCACAGACACAGAGCUCAGUCAGUUACCUUCUGUGCAUCCAAAUAGAUUUUCUAUCUUACCUGCUUAAACCUGAGAGCUUCCCUCAAUGCAACCUGCUGCUGCUUUUUAGACUGAGUCUGAUUUCAGCCACAUUCAAUGUAAUGUCACUAAUCUGUGUCUUUGCUGCCGCUCUACCUGACUUUGCUUCAGUGCUUGUACAUAACAACAGAAAGGAGAUGUGCUAUCCCGGUCUCAGGCGUCUGCAUUUUCACGUAUGCAUGUGACAGUCCAGGGGAGCACUCAAACAAGUAGAGCUGGGCGAUAUGGCCCCAAAUCAAUACCAUGAUAUAUUGAGCAGUUCACCUCGAUAACUAUAAAUGGACGAUAACUACUCCACAAGCUGCUCACCCCCUCCCACAUUAACUUCGUCUACUUCAGUCGCAGCGCCAGCCGCUACAACUUUGAACCAUCCUCCAUCUCCUCACCUGUCUUUACCACUUUGUUACUGACUGGAUGGGGUGGAGUCAAGUCUCUGAUGUAGGACAGCAUCUUAAAAGGAACAUGAGAUCGUAACCUACCUACACACAUCCAAAACCAACUUUUAUUUUUUUAUUUUUUUGACACCAAAUAUAUUGAUAUGGGCAAAAUGAUGUCAGUUAUUGUAAGUUUUUGGUUUAUCGCCCAGCCCUACAAAACGCAGCCUUACUGCCAAAUACAAUUCUCUGCAUGUAAAUGAUGAUUCUUAUUGACUUUAGGGAAAUGAAAGUAUAAUUUGAGAGGGUGUAAAACUAUCUGUCAAACUUUUUGGGCGCUUAAUCUAGUGAAGCACACAGCAAGACAGAGUAUUUGUCUGAUAUUCACCUGCCAUUAUUGUAUAUAACUUUUAUCCUUAUUAUAACGUAAACAGGUGAGUUACAUAAGGCUGCAGAGUUAAUUCGACUCUAAAGACUGUUAAACCCUAAACAUGCUCAUUCCUGCUGUGACAUUAUAACAUGCGGCUCUAUGGGGACUGACUCACAUUUAGAGACAGCCUCUUGAGGAACUGCAGUGUUUGGCACCUCUGAGCUGGCACGCUUUCUGUUUUGGAGGUUUUUACCUGAUACCAUCUCCAUGACUUUGUUUUGUGGACCUUUAAACUCGGUAUAAAUAAAAAGAGGAAGCCCCCCCACAUCCACACACAUACACAUUGUUCCACAGCCUGUUUCCUGUUGUGCCAGACUUUCUCACAUCUAAAAAAGAGCCGGCCCACCCUCUUUGUGCUGUGUGUGUGUGAUUUAUCGUGUAAACUGCACCAUGAUAUACACAUACAGAGCGUGCAAAAGUUUAUUAUUCACACAGGAUAUUUAUUUAUGCCAGUGUGAGUCAUUCCUCCAGUAGAUCAAAAAGAGAGAGUGUGUGUGUUUGUGAGAAAAUCUGGAGGGGUGUGUUUCGCUCCCCAGGGGGUCAUGGGAUGGAGGUGUGAGUUUGGUUGAUGGUAAAGUUGUAUGUGAGUCAUUUUUUGGCAGCGGCGUGUUUAUCACACGCACACACAGCUGUCUGGACUUGAUACCGCUGAAGAGCAGAAAUGAGCUAAUCUCCCAAACUGAAAUGAGCGUGUCGUCAGCAGACAGGCAUCCGCGGCUCCGCGUUCAACAGGCGUACUGUAGCUGAGAAACAUUAUGGGGUAUUUUUCCCAGAGAACCCUCAACACUAUUAAUUACCGCUCGCCAAACCGAGAGAAAAAGGCGGUCAAGAUUGCUAGCUUGCUUUAGCACAGCAGCCCAUAUGCAGACCAUAUGCCUAUCCUGCUGAAUAAUACCCAUAAAGCUGUGAGAUGAGGUCAUGCACAGAUACAAUUGGUACAGGCUGUCAGAGUGAUACGGUGCAUGAUGGGAGAUGACAGAUUUGUAUUGUGAUCCUCCACAGAUCGACUAUGAAGUCAUCAGGGAGGAGGUGAAGGAGGUGGAGGACCAGGCCUCCCGGCUGGAGGAGCUGUGCCCAGAGAGAGUGCACGCGCUGGGGGCGAAGAUCCAAGCGAUGCUGCAGGGCUGGACGGAGCUGGACAGGAGUGUGGCGGAGAACAAAUCCCAUCUGCAGGAGUUUGUGAAGCUGCAGGACUUCUUCAGGAGCUACCUCGGCAUGAUGUAAGCAGAGGGGAGGGAAUCAUCGGAGACCCUCACAUGCAAAAUGAUCACUUAAUAGGAGUGUGGUUUUUUGCACGCAAGAUUUUCGCUCAGUUUGAUGAUUACACAACAGCUGUUUAUUGGCUCUUUUUUUAAAGCUGCAAGUUUAUACCCAGAGAAAAGCUUCUUGGGAUGGAACACUUAGACCAGUUCAGGCCAGUUUAGACCGGUUUAGGCCAGUUCAGGUGUUUAUAUGCAAGAGAAAAUUGACCAUCAUCUAGGUAUGCCUAAGUAAUGAAGCAGCCAAAAGUUGAACACGUUUGUUAACACUGCAACAAAGCACAGCUUGCGUAUUAAGGUACGAUAUUCCUAAUAUGACAACAAACAGUGUACAACCACGAUUCGCAAAACUGAAAAUGCUGAGUCAGUGCUUUGUGGAAAAAUUAACCCUUAAAAAGCUGAUGCUGUUUUAUAACCAGGAGAGGGCAAAAACUCUUAACAUUGUAAAACAUACUCUGUGAUUGAUGAAACAGUAGUUUUAUCAAAGACUGGUUUUUAGGGUCUGUGUUUUGAUACAGUAACAUUAUGCAAACAUGACGAUACUCUGCUGUAUAUGGAUAUUUUCAUCCUAGCCUUAAGGCGCAGGGCGUGAGGAAGUUGUGACCUCCUCUCCGGAUAGACUCUCGUCAUCCUCAAUGAGAACAUCUGCCCAUUACGGUGUCUCGUAAAGGAAAGGACAGGAUGUUCUCGUUUGUCAAGAACAGGUCCCUGGUGAAAAGUGUAGUUUAAGAUGUGCUGAGGAGGUCAGCGGGAGUUUCCUGGGCCGAGUGUGACAAAGUGAUGAAUGUCGGCGUUAUCAGGGAGAGUCUGCUUAGUCUCAAACCUUUUUUUCUUCAAUGACGGGGUCCCUCACAGCUCUGCUACCCCCUCCUCUCCUCUUAACAGCUCAUGGACAGAAGACACCAGGUCGCACAUCUUCUCUGACACCGUCUUGUAUCUCGGGAAAGAUGGCCAGAAGCCGCUGGCUGCAGAGCUGGACCUGCAGAUCGAGGAGAAGUUUGAGGAGUUUGACGAGCUGGUGGCCAGGGGGAGGAACAUUUUGCACAAAGAACACCACCUCACACAGAUGGUGAGGGAAAAUCACACCCAUGUUAUUUCGAUGUUUUCCAUUUAAACCUGCUGGUACAAACCCUGAGUGAUGUCUCGCAGGUGAGAGAGCGCAUGGAGGAGCUGAGGAGCAUGCUCGGCUGGAUCUUGGUGCAUUGGAGGGCUCAGAAACAGCAGUGGCUUCUCAAGAAGAGGAGAGAAGAACCUUCACAGGAUAACAUUUAUUCUGAGGCCACAUUGUGUUCUCCGCUAACAGAGGUAAAUGAACUGGGAGAUAUUAAAAAGGAGACAAAUAUGAGUAUAACUACCUUAAAAAUGCAGAACUCCACCAUUUUUACAUUUCAUGAUAGACAAAAAGAAAGAUUUCUCCUACAAAAUAAUCCAAAACACAUGACCAACUUUCAGAGGUGCAUCAAAAAUUAGUUUUACCGAUCAGUGUAAUAUCUGUUAUUUCUUCGAAACAGAAUCCAGCUCCUGAAAUAGAGGCCUACCAGUCCCAUCAGUCCCCAGUCAACAUCUAUGAUGAAGACAGGCCAGGUGCAGCAGGAGAAACCCCUCCUUCAUCCCUGCAGCUCAGACAGGCUGAGUAUCCGGAGGAGAACCAGCUAGACGACGGGUACGAGGUCAUGAAAAGCAUCGGACCACCAGGUGGAGACGCCACCUCCUCAGAGUCUCCAAAAUCCUCCAUCGUGGUCCUCAAAGACCCCGGCAGCCCUGCUUUAGGGGGCACGGUCAACCUCAUCCUCAGCUUUGCUAACACAGGGGACAGCCAGGUUCAGGUGCUGGACCCACCUGCUGGGACUGAUGAGGUAGUGGAGGAGAGCUGUGAGCCGGUCCACAGGGUGAGAGACACACUUCUAACUCAUUACAGAAGUUACAGAUCAGACCUGACCAAUCACCAUGAUCGAUAUGAUGAUGUUGUAGGGAAAAGGGGCGGAGCUAGAUGAUGCUGUGAGAUGCUCAUGACUGAAGUUGGUACAAAAAAUGAAUCUUGUUCUUGGUAAAAGCAGGUGAUACAUUUUCAGGUUAGAAUGCACCAGCGAGUUUCCUGCACGUAGACGACACCUGAGCAGUAAAUGAAAGAGACUUUACCAUCAUUUUAGGAUUUCUCUGUUCACUCUUUCUCUUCCUGUGAACCUCAAAACCAACAGGAUCUUGGCAUCACAAUGAAAAUGUGGUAUUGUAGAUAACUGCGCAGUAACACCACAUUUGCUCAAAACUGGAAACUGAAUUUUGUUGACAUCUCUUCUAUCAUCUGACAGAGUUUCCUGGUUCACAAAUGUUCUGCUCCUGAAAAAAAUGAGUGUCAAACUUGUAGUAAACACAAAAAACACAAGCCAAACCACAUUGAGUGUGAUUGCAGUGGUCAACUUUGUGUGACAGUGAAUCUAGGACGCUGCCAAACAAAGCUAAAAUCUGUGGUUUGGCUUUAAACAGCAAUACAGUAGUUUACUUAUGUACAAGCCAAACCACAGAGAGUACAGAUACUGCGCUCAUGUAUGAGGAGCGAUGUGAUAAAGGAGGUUUCUGGAAGCCUCAACCCUUAAGAUCGAUCAGGUUUGAGUAGGAACAGUGAGGGAAUUCAUGCCCACAUUUAAAUAACAGAUGCUGCACUUUGUUGUUAAAACUAUACCAACAGCAAAGUGCAGUAUCUGCAGUUUUUGGGGUUUUCAUCACCAUAUUUGUCUUGCCAGUCCAAAAACCGCUGAACCUGACCUCGGAGGGGCGGCAUUAGGGGCUUUUUCCUCCUGAAAGAUUUUUCUCUGUAAUGACACUGCAUGGGAUCUCCCGCUGCUUUUCAUUCCUCCCUCUCUUCGGCCUUCACAUCCUCCUUUUCCCCCCGUUUUCUCCCUCAGCCCACUGUUCCUCAUCCUUCUGCCUGUAAAAGCUUUUGGAGGCGCUGCCAGGGGCUUUUGGAAAAUACUUUGGGUAGCUUAAAGCGAAAGAAAAAGAUUUAUCGGCAGAGUGCAAACGAGGUAAAUCGCGCGUUGUGAAGUGACGUUUGCAUGCUGCGUCUCGAAGUGUGCACGGACUGCAUGCUGGGUGAGGUUGCUGUUUCAGGGCGGCAUGCUUUACUAACUCAUGUUACAAGGUAGAGCCAGGCUGAAGCUUCAACCUGGGCUGGUGUCCUGUUUAUAAUCUGGUUUAAAUACAAUGUACAAGUCUUGACUAAGCACAAUUUAAGCGUCUUUUAAGUGCAAAGAGAAGUUUGAAAGAGCAAACAAGCAGUGAAAACUUAAGUGGAUCUUUUAAAGUGAAAGUAAGCAGAUCCCUUUGUACAAUUAUCUGUCAGGAGUCAUUUUCCUCUUCAGCGUGUUCUGUACAAACUCCGAUGAAUGAAUAAAUCCCCAGCUGACACUCAGACAAUUAAUCAGUAUGUUCAUAUCCAACUUUCCUCUGACGAAACUUUUCUUUGGACCUGGACUCGUUCAGUGAGUCUGGAUUUCUGCCUGGAAGCUCUGAUGACAGAGACAGAAUGAGGGUGAUGAGUAAGAAGCGCACCCGCCGCCCUCCUCCUCCCGCUGUGGAUGUUGACAGACACUCUCUCUCCUCCCUCUUGUCGUUUCACCCUGAUGUGAGCCCGCUCUUGUUCUGCUCUCUGAGGCGGUGCCACGACGACGGUGUAAAAUAAGUGACCUCACCCUCACUUCCUAUGAAACCUGCGCUCCAAAAUGGCUCCCAGCAGGAGCGUGUCCUUAACGCCAACACAAGCGCGGUCAUUAGACAAGGGAACUGGUGCUGAACUCUGCAGAAAGGCCCCCAGACUGCACAGCGUGAUUUAUAGUCUGGGGCUUCCACAGAAACAAGAGAUUAGUCACAGAGUUGAAAGGUCAAACCAUUACAGCUGCACAUGACGGCAUGUUCAGCCACAUGUGAUUCUGAUUAGGAUCUACAGGCAUGCAAAUGAAAUCAUGUCCAUGUCCCUUUGUCCUCUUAUCAGCAGUUGUUUUGUCCUUUGUGUUGUUUGAAACAUCUGUGUUGUGUUUUAGGUUUGUGUGUUUCUGAAUUCAUUGUUUUUCUUCGCCUUUAACUCAUUGUUUUUGCAAAGGUUGCUGUGUUAAAGGAAUAGUUUGGGUUUUUGUGAAGUAGGUCUCUUAAAAGUUCUUAUUAACUAUAAGAUUACAACAUACAGAAACAGUCAGCAUGGUCCCUGACUUCCCUGGUCUCUGUAAUUAUGGCACAAGAUUCUGUAAGGUGACGAUCGCUUUAGCUGAAGCUGCUCCAAAAUGUAGAACAGGACCACUCUACAUGUAAUAUUCACUUCUGCCUUGUUCACUUGCAUCACAGUGAAUAAAAAUUCUGCAUUUUUAAAGUUUUUGGCCUCGCAGAUGCAAAUAGAUGGAGAAGAGCAUUGGACCGAGUAUAGAGCCCUGGGGAACACCACAGGAAAUAGGCACAGAGGAAGAUAAGAUAUUCCAUUAUUAGUCCCACAGGGGGAUAUUCCAAAUUAUAGCAGCAUAAGUACAAAAAAGAGAAAUUAAAGGAUAAAGAAACUUAGAGUUAAAAAAAAGAUAUAUACAUGAGUCUUAUUUACUAUAUACAUGUGUACAGAACAUACAAAUGUGAUUUAUUCUGUUGUGGAAUCUGACAGCUGCAGGAAGGACUGACCUGCGAUACCUCUCCAUCACACACUUCGGGUGGAGCAUCCUGUCCCUUAAGAAGCUCCUCAGUGCAGUGAGUGUGUGUUAGAUAGUUGUGAAUAGACACCGAAAGAGCCAUAAGUUCGAGCUUCAAGGUUUACUUUAUUGUUAUUUAAACCAUGAAGGAUGAAAACUAUCACCCAGGUCCAGCAUUAACAAUCAAUAAAUGAUAAUAAAUAGUAUGAUAAAUAAUGUUGAGAUAGAUUAAGAAAGUUAGUUCAAGGUAGAACCAGAGUGUCACAAAAAUGACUCAAACAAACAUGGAGGACCUAAAAUGCAGACAAUACAAUAGUUUUAUUUAACCAAAGACCGAAAAAAAACCACAAAUAGGUGAGAACCAGAAAAUCAAACCAAAAUCCACUGUGUAGAGGAAACAAAAAGGGAAACACAGAGACUUUGCACCUUUUCCAUAAGCAGACAUUUGAGGGAAUUACCCAUAAUUCAUUACACUUUGUUGUGACCACAGGAUUCAUAUACUCAGUCACUUCUAAGGCGAUGUAAAUUAAGUCGUGAAGGGCUCAGAGGUUUGGGAGGGGAUUGAGAUUCAGACUUUAAACACACUGAUCCGGUAUUCAGCCGUGCACAGCAUCCACUCAGGACUAUGCUGACUGUUAUCUACUGUAAAUAAGAACCUCACUUGAAAAAACCCAAACUAUCCCUCUGAGUGUUGAUUGAUUAUAAUGAAACUUGAUAUGUGUAAUCGCUAAUAUCCUUCUCUGUUUACAGGUAAGUACGUACCUGCAUGUGAAGGAUAACAACAUGUCAGCGGCUCCUGUGUAUGAGAGUAUCACCCUGCCCCGCCAAAAGAGCCGCUCUGCAGCCUCAGCCUCCCCCACUUUCUCCUCAUCGUCCUCCUCCUGCUCCUCCUCGCCGUCUUCCUCAGUGUCCGCUCCUCAGGCGGCCAAUGUGACCUUUCACCCUUUGACGGGGAGCAGCAGCGGCUCCAUCUUCAGCAGCCUGAAGAGGAUGGGCAAGAAAAGGAAGAAGAAGAGAGACGCACGCAGACACACCAUUCAGAAAAUCAUGGGAGUGGAGGAGCGGACAGAGAGCCGGCGUCGGUAUGACUGCGAGACGAUGAUAUACGACACGCACACGUGGCCUCUGAAGGAAGCUAGGAGGAAGAAGAGCUCACCAAAGAGCGGGGCUGGAGCAGAAGCUUACGUGAAGAACCCUCUGCUGACCGACAUCGAUACUGAGUGUUCAGGAGAGUACAGCAUCACUCCUUACGCCGUCUCAGAGGGGACCAACACCCUGCUGUCUACAAACCCUGUCAGGAGCCACUGCAGGUUCCUCUCUCUAGGCUCCACAUUGAGCUUUGACCUUCCUAAAGACAUGACGCUCAUCCCCAGCAUCCAGGACAUCAUCACUAUUGCCCCUCCUGAGUCUAAAACCGGAGCGGGGACAGAUCCAGAUCCCCUCUCGCAGAGACACUCAGCCCUCAGCUCCUUCAAGCAGACUCGAGCUGCUCCUCCUGCUGCCCUCACAUGCUCUCCUUCAGCUGCUGCUGUAAAAGAUCUCCCUGAUGUGGACACAAGCUUUCAAACACCUCCUCCUCUGUCUGCAGGAGAGGAGGAGGAUCAGACGGUGCCAUGCAACGACCUGCUGACAAGUGAGGAGGGUGUGCAGGAGGAUGCAGAGCAGGAGUGGGACCAAAUGUCAUCACAGGUCAAAACAAGCACAGCCCAAAGAGACGGGUCCAGCCAGUCUGCACAGAUCCCUAUUUAUGUAAACCAACCCCAGCCUGAACACAAACAUGGCUGCCUGAGCGUGCACACGCUCAUUAAAGACCUGAAAGGACACGUGUACCAUAAAUGUUCAAGACCACACAGCCUUCACGAGGAUGGUCCCGGACUUUACUGUCAGAGCCAGGCGUCCCACAUGGUCGUGAACUUGAAGUCCACAGUGAACGUGAGUGUUCGCCAGGACUCUGUGGACUCUGGGAUCUCCACCUCCAGCAGCAUCAAGCUCUGCACCGACGCUCCGAGUCAGGAGAGCCUGCAGCCCAAAGGGGUGGUGGGGAGGCUGGUGUCCUUAGAGGUGGGAGGUGUAGAGUGCGCUAAAAGAAAGGAGGACUCUGUGACACCGCCAAAUCUGGAUCAGUCCACAAACUCUGCCGAGGUGGAGACAGACCACGUCCACCUCGACCACCAGCAGUUUGAGGAGGAAGAGGAGGAGCUGGAGGACAUCUGGAACCAGAAGAGUAACUACAGACAGAGCAUCUGCUCCGACAUCAUGUACCAGCCCAACCAGGAGGAACCUGGACCCCCAGAGAAAAUCACAGACCCCCCCUCUUCUUCACCGUCCUCUCAGACCUCCUCUGUGCUCUACAGGAACCAGGCCACAGCCUCAGCACCGAACCUCCUUGUGGCUGAGUUCAAACUGCCCCCCCACAUCCAGAGCCUGCUGGGUUACGACAAAGAGCAGAGUCCCAAAGGUCACCUCCCCCCGCUGGUCGCAGGAGACAGGAGGUCCUGGGCGGCUUUUCCUCACCGAGAACUGGCCAAUAAGAGCUUAGUGAUGGUGAACGAGACGGCGUCCGACCCGGUGAAGCUGCCGGACAUCAGGGACAACCAGAGAUACAUUUAUCAAUACAGAGAGGACGAAGAGGAGGAAGAGGAGGAGGCAAAGGUGGGGGAGGAGGCGGAUGAGCUCGCAGGCUGUGUAAAGGUGAGGUUAGCGUUAAAAAAUCUGCUGUUGAAAAAAUCAUUUCUGUAUUUAUCUUUAAGUUAAAAAAUGAUGAAACCGACACAGGUAUCUGCUAAUCUACUUCGGUUUCUGGAAGGUAUUUAGUAAGUAAAGUUUUAUUUAAAGAGCGCUUUUCACAGAUAAAAAUCACAAAGCGCUGUACAUAAAAAAGUGCAAUUAGAUAAACAUAAAACAGUACAAAAAGAUAAGUACAUGUACAUACAUAAAUAUGAAUACAGUACAGUGAAUAUGGAAAUAAGUGCAGAUAUAAAAGAUAAGUAAAAGAGAUAAACUAAACCCUGUAUUGAAAGCUUGUCUAAAUAAGAGUCUUCAACUACUUUUUAAAAGUAUCCACUGAGUCGAUCAAACUGAGGGAGAGGGGCAGAUCGUUCCAGAGUCUGGGGGCUACCGUCUUAAAAGCCCGGGGUCUCCCCAAGUUUUAAAACGGGUCUUCAGCUCCAUUAGGGUGCUCUGGCCUGACGUCCCAAGGAUGCGCCCUGGGGAGUAGGGGCACAACAAAUCACAACAAAUCAGUGAUAUAUUGGAGGGGGCUGACCAUGAAGUGCCCACAAAGUUAGAACUAAAAUUUUAAAAUUAAUACGGAAACUGACCAGUAGCCAGUGAAGGCGUGAUGGGACCGGGGUGAUGUGAGCAGAUUUGGGCGUGUCUGGCGACUAAGUUUUGGACAAACUGGAGCUUCUUUAUUGCCGCCUUAUUUAAACAGAUGAACAGAGAAUUACAGUAAUCAAUACGGGAUGAAAUAAACGCAUGAAUGAUCAUUUCAAAAUCUGGUUUCGUCUACAUUCUCCUCACUUUAGAGAUAUUUCUCAGGUGAUAAAAACAAUUUUUGGUCAAUAUUUGGCCAUGCAAUGAGUUCUCCUACAAAGUCAUGUUUAUAAUGCAAUGAUCCCUGUAAACCUGAAUGUAAUUGUCAUCCAGGAUCAUUUCUCAUCCUUUUGUACAGAGAUUUCUUCAGAAUCUCUGAAUCAUUUCUCCUGACAGACUCAGCCUCUCCUGAAAAGCCUUUUUAAUACCCAGUCAUGAUACUCACCUGUUCCAAAUUAAGCUCGUUAGGAGGCAGAUGUUCCUCCAGGUGUUUCUAAUUAUCAGUUUUUUUUGCCUUCUCUGUUGAGGGCAUUAAAUUUCCGUAUGACUUUGUUUGAUUUUAAACAAAUUUCACACAAAAAUCUUAAAAUCUGUUCACAAAGUGUCCCAACUUCUUUGCAGUUUGGGUCGUAUAUCAGAUUUCCAAUCGAUCAAGACAAGAAUAAAUCGACUCAAAUGUUCAAGUCUGUUCUUUUUAUGAGAGGAUACAACUACACAGUCUUUGCCUUUCGCCUUGUCUCUCUGAUCAGGACCAGUCCAUGAGCCUGCUGUCAGUCCACAUGGGAGCAGAUGGAGACUCUCAGCACAGAAACACCUCUCAGAUCAUGGAGACGCAGGGAGACUCGAUGGCCACCAGAGGGCGCUGUAUCACACUGGUGAGAGUCUCUGCAUAGUGUGAAGCUGGGUGUUCAGGAAUGUUUCUUUCUUUUUGUCUGAAUGUUGGUGUGAAUUUAAACCUCUCAGAGCGGGAAGCCUGAGCUGCAGUCCAUGGAGGGAACUCUGGAGAGGAAACACAAGCUGCAGUUUGGAGGAAAGAAAGUAAGAAAGCCUCCGUUCAGGGUUUGAGUCGGCAGACGCGGAGCUCACAGUCAGCAGCACCAACCUUAUCUUAUUUUCACAGGCCACCUCCAGAGGCUGGAACAGCUUCCACGCCGUCCUCUAUAGACACACCUUAUGCUUCUACCAGGACAGAAAAGACACACUGCGGGUGAGCGGGGUGACACAUUAACGAGAAACUGAAAUAAGGAGUAAUCCAAACAGAUUUCAGGAAGUCAUUCUGAUCGAUUUGUCCUGCAGAGCUCAGCAUGUGGCCUCCCGCUGAACCUCCUGGGAGCCGAGUGCACACCUGCACCCGAGUACACCAAGAAGCCCAACUGUUUCCGACUACAGUAAGACUUUAAUCACAAUGAAUCACACUUUAUACAUUCUACAUAUUUACAGAGUACGAUUGACGGAGAGUCAGCUGUGUGCUUCUGGAGAUGGUAAUAAAAAUCUCUCACCGCCCUCAGGCUCCGCGACGGCUCCGAAUAUCUGCUCAACGCCUCAUCUCGCUUCAUGAUGAAGAAGUGGAUGAUGAAAAUACAAGCGAACACAGGUGAGAUUAGAGGAGGUAAACUGUGUAGAUGUCAAACUUUAACCUUCAGUAAUAUCAGGAAUAAUCCCAGUGAGGUUCAAAAUAUCUUGUGAUUAAAAAACAGCAGAAAGUAUUUUGUGAAAGGACUUGACUGACUCACUUUAGUUUGAUCUUUAUUUCUCUCUCACGUACCCAAAAGUGUAAAAUCAAAAUUAAGAAAUAAAAGAGUAACGUUAAAGGUUUCUGUUUUGUUUUUUCUAAAGAUCACACCGAGUCCAUCUCACCGUUGUCAUCUGUCCUGGCUAAUUCAGACUUCUCCAUCUCUCUGUAAGAUUUAUUGCUUUAUUUGUCCCAGAGUUAAAGAGCCUCUCAGUCUUACUCUGAUUAAAUGUUUAGCAGUAAUAAUAUCAGUUUCCCUCCCCCCGUACAGAAAGUCCUCCCCGUGCCCUGCCUGCCACAGUAUUUCCAAAUGCUCCUGCCCCUCCCAGCAUGAAGUCACCUCCACAAUCCCGAGGCCCAAACCGCUCAGCGCCUCCCAAACCAAAGAGAUCGUUGUCCUGACCCGGGAGUUCAGUCACAUGCAGCAGAGCGGUGUGAGGAGUGUGGAGGAGCCGUCGGCGGCGUCCUCCUCAUCCUGCUGUGGUGAGGACAGAAACUAUAUUUCCUAUUAGAGGGUUUAUCUACUCCUCAUUCACACUCAGAGGAAGCUCCACCCUCCAUUGUUGGUCGCUGCACACCCCUCUGAGACUCAGCAGUUCGAGGAUCCACUCCUCUUUGGUUGUUAUUGAUUGAACAGGAGUUUUAUUCAUUUUUUCCCACAAUGACUUCAUCCUCUGAGCUGGAUUUGCUUCUGUGUUUACUCUCCAGGGGGUUGUUGAGUAACAAAAUGAGUUCAGGAUUUUAUUAUUAAUUGUAGCAAUGUUUCAGUCCUCUAACCACUGAAGAAAAACAUGAAUGACUGCUGCAGGCAGACUUAGUGCCACAAGGGGGAGCUGUGUUAUUGUUACACUAAAAUUCAAUCAGCACAGACCCAUGGUGAUUUCUGUGUGGCCUUUAGAGUCAGCUUUGUAGGAUUUAAAUAUCAAAAGAUUCAUGAAAUUAUUAAUGUAUCUUCAUCAGAAAACUUGUAGAGGAGAUCCACCCUGGAAAGCUUGACAUUAGUAUGACUCCAUAUAGUAAAUGAAUGAAAGAUUAAGCAACAGAUCCUUGCUGCCUGGACUACAUCCAUCAAAUAUAAGCUUCAUUAAAAGAGACAUAAUACACGCUUUCACCUUUCAUUACAUCAGUCUGGAACACCUGGAGAGUUGCUUUGCAAAGUACUUUUUAGUUUAGUUGAGUUUCACAUGAUUAAUAUUCAUUUUUUUGAGUUAUACUUCUGCUUUUAACAACUGUCUGUCUGUCUGCAGAGGAUGACAAUGGUGGUGAUGAUGAAACCAGUCUAAAGCAGACAAUGACUCAUCGUCUAUCUGGGACUCUCAGAGGAAACACCUCCGUCUCUCCUCACUCCCCAGUCUGCAGCGAUCAGGAUUGGCUCAGCAACAAGCGCCGCUCCCACUCCUUCACCUCAGGUUAGCUCUCGGCGAUAAAGCUCGGUGAUUUAUCCUGUGCCAGUGGAUCAUAAACAGCUGAUUGUUUUUUUUCUUUUUGAUGUGGGUCAUAAAAACAUAAUUGUUUCCGCUGAUCACACAAAGCUGAUUUUUGUGUUUUUUUUACUCUCAGCUACUUUUCAGAAAAUCAAACCUGUGUGGCACGCCGCCGGAGGCCGAGGCAUGGAGAGGGGCUCAAACUACUGUGUGACUCUGGUUGUAGGGGACAAGACGUCAGAGGGUCUGGGUUUGAACAGGAACACGGAGCGCCCUCUGAUGGCUUCAGCUGGUUGGCAGCAGGACGUCUGUCAGGACUCUCAGGCUCUGAGGAGCUACACCAGUCUGCCACGUCCCCGCAACAAAUCCGUCUUCAAAAAGUUCUUUGGAAAGAGGGACGUCUGAGGCCACAGCAGGAGUUUGAUAUAAAUAAAAAGUUUGAUGGAGAGUUUGUUAAGUGCAGUGCACGUGUUUGUUGAAAGCAAAAAAGCUACUACUGACUGUAUUUAUGAUCCAAAGAGCUGCCACAGUUUAUUUCUGAAUCACUUCAUCGUCUAUAAAGUUUUUUUUUUUGUGAGUGUUUAUUUUUUUUGUAAGUUACAGGAAUAUGACAGAGUGUCAGUCUCACAAACAGAAACAAUCAAAUGAAUAAACAAAGUCCUAAUCCUAUGAGAACAAAGUUGUAACAUUAUAAAACUAACCUUCGUCAUAUGUGUUAUACGCCUCGGGGAAUAACACCAACUUUUGGUAUAAAAAUGACUCCAAACCAAAACUUGUUCAACAAACUCAAUUUUUUGGGAUGUUCUUGAAAUUUCUAAUGGAUGAAUGGAUGGGUGUGUGCUGAAAAAAAGUCUCUUUUUCCUCGAGGGGGAAUCAGAAAAAGGCCUUGAAUAUAUCUGGCUGUUCUUAUACAUGCAAGGAAGUAAGGAAAUUAAAGUGCUGAUUGCUUUAAAACUGGGGUAGGCAGGAAUCCGUUUUUUGUGGUGUCUAUACAAAAAGCUUUUAAUAUCAGUCAAUAGCUGUUUGUUAUUGAUGACAUUUGGGAAUAUCGCGAUACCACUGUGUUCUCUUAUGCCUGUGUAGAUGAUAUUUUAAAAAUUAACGGUCCGCUCGUUCUAAAUUUUAAACAACGCUGUUCUCCACCUCCCCGACCUGAUUGGUUGUGACGCGGACACUGCUCAUAGUGCUGAUUGGUUGUGAGGCAGACUCUGCUCCCUCGUGCUGUGAGGCACGCUCCACGAUUAACGUCCACAAGCCUGAACAACGUUAGCGCGCAACAAGAUCGGACGGUAACCAACCAGAAAGAACGGAAAAUUGUCUAAAUCCUCCUUUGACUGCGACUGUCGACACAAGCAAGAAAACGAAGUAAAUACCGGAGACUCUGGUGGAAUAACGGGCGCGUAAAAAGAGCCGAGUCAACAUCAAUGAAGCUAGCAUAAACGAUGGGGGAUGCUUCGGGAUCUUACGGACCCUGUAACAUUUCUGCUGGACAGGUAAACCGCCUUAACAAAGUAAGACAAGUAUCUGAAACCGAAGUGUUUCUUGUCAAAUGGGACCUGCUGCGUGUUGUAGCACCGCUAAACUGUUUACCUCGGGUCCUGGAGUAUGACACUUCAUCCUAGUUGUAGAAGUCUUGGCCUCUACAGUAGCACCAAUGCAUUUUACUUUCAUGUUGACUGUACCCCGUUUGUAAUUAUCUCAAAUAUUCAUCUGCAUUAUAUCGGAAUUUAAUUGAAACGUUACAAACGAGCAGGAGCGUCUGUUUGUGGGUGGGGCUUGCUGGAGCAGAGAGGAAGGGGAGAGGAGGGGAAAACUGGUUGGGAGCGGUAGAGUUCACGUUCAAGCUUGCUCCCCAAAACUGGCACUUCCUCAGAUCCUGCCUUCCCCACCUUUAAGUUCAAAGUUGUCUAUAUGUGUGUCUCAGAAAGCAACACUUGUAUGCCUGCUUCCGCUCUCCAUACAGAAUAUUUUGUAUAUUAUGUAUAUUUCUGCGGACAGCGAAGUCUGCUGAAUUCUGAAACCAAAACACUCCCCCAUAUCUAAAUCUCUCUAUCGAUCCCACAUUUUUGUACAAAAUCUGUUUGGAAGAUUAUUUAUGAUCAGAAAGUAUGUAAAACACUCCUGUUGACAACAACCUCAACCACUGCAAAGUUACAAACUGCAGCGACUUUGGUUAGAACUUUUUUCUCCUAGAAUUAAAACUUUGUUUUCAUAUUUUGGGAUUUUAAGUAUCAGUUUAAAACAUCUGUUGUAUUUUUCAUCACUCUGUCCCACAGGAGCAGUUCUGUGCAAGUGUACACUGUGUAGUUUGCAGAUUUUAGUCAUUAGAAAAGUUUUAUUACCAGAUGUACUUCUGUUUUCUUUAUUUCUCUUUUGUUUGUUGUGUUAUGGGUUUUUCAGUCUGUGUACAAAGUUAACCUCCCUGCUCGAUCCAUAGCCAGUUUAGAAACCGAAUUUCAGAGACGAGUUUGUUCCAACCAGUUUGUCUUAACUCAGUUGUGACCAAGUGUUAAAAAUGUCCUGAAAUGAGCCCCAUCAUUACAUCUCUCUUUUGCAUAAGCAGUGUGCUCUUUCAUUCUUAAAUCUGCAGGUUGACACUGCUCAAAUUGGUGUACUAUCAACACUUUUAAAAUACUAAAGAUAUUCAUAAUAAACAUAAUUUUGAAAAAUGGUUGGCAUCAGCUGUGAUAAUGCAUGAAGAAAUUUAUUUUCAAAGCUGUUGUUGUGAAAAUCGUGCAUCACUCGGGCUUUGUUGUGCUCUGGAGGCUUUGAACAUGAUUAUAUUAUGACUAAUAUAGUCAUCUAUACAUUAUACAUUAUAGAUGACUAUAAUAUAAUGACUAUAUUAUAGUCAUCAUAUUAUAGUCAUAUCUAUGGUCAUCGUGACUUUAAAACUAUAUAGUAGUCAUCAUGACUAUAUUAUAGUCAUUAAUUAUAGUCAUAUAUGACUAUAUUAUGACUAAUAUAGUCAUCUAUAUACAUUAUACAUUAUAGAUGACUAUAAUAUGAUAUGAUGACUAUAAAAUGAUGAGUAUAGUAUUGAUUGAUUAUAUAGUAAUUUAUAUAGUAAUUUAUUAUAGUCAUAUGACUUUAAAAUAUAUAUACUAUUAUAGUUAUCUUUAAUAGCCAUGACUUUGUUGUUGAUGACUAUUUUAUGACUAAUAUAGUUAUCUAUACAGUCAUAAACAUUAUAGAUGACUAUUAUAUGCACUUAUAAGUCAUCACUUUUCUAGGUAUCUUGUUGGUUAAUGUCUUCAAAGUUUAACCCACAUCUGACUACCUGCCUCAUAACCCCCCCCAUUUUACCUCUGGAAACACCAGGGGGAAACCUCACCCCCUGGGCCUGGUUCCCCAGGAUUUGCUUCAGGAUCUUCUGUGUGUCGAGCCGGUUUCAAACCCAGGCUGACCUCCUGACUCACAUUUGGGUGUUAGUUGUCUACUGCGCUGCGCCACCAGAUACCAUCCACACUUGGGGAUGAGCUCCGUGUGCUUUUACCUACUACUUUGGCUCCAUGCCUUUAAAAUUCACCUCGGCCCGAAUAAGACUUGAACCCACAAC